UACUUGUAAACACAGUUCUACGCUUAAUGCACAUCAUUUCUUCUCUGUUUAUAACGCAUAUUAAAAGCUACAUGUUUACAACAGCGGAUUAAAUAAACUGGUAACUGAGAACAGGGUAUAGAAAAUUUGAGAUGUCUAAUUCAAAAAAGCUUCCACCAAGGCUAGAACCAUCUCGAAGCCCAGCGACUCAGCCAUCACUAGCAGACGAAGCUGUUUCAAGAGUUGCAGAUGAGAGGGAUUAUAUCCAGAAAAAGGUUUUCACAAAAUGGUGUAAUAUUCACUUGUCAAAGGCAAAUGCUGAAAUUGAAGAUUUGUUUGAAGAUUUUCGAGAUGGCAAGAAAUUGAUCCUACUUUUGGAGAUUCUUACAGAUGAAAAACUGCCGCGUCAGAGAGGAUCACUUCGAUUUCAUCUUCUGCAGAACGUUUCAACUGCUUUAGAUUUCUUACGCUCGCGAAAGAUAAAACUCAUCAACAUUCGGAAUGAUGACAUUGUGGAUGGAAAUUCAAAAUUAACUCUUGGUUUAGUUUGGACGAUCAUUCUACAUUUUCAAAUUUCUCAAGUUCAAGUGUUAUUUGACGAAGAAAAAGUCUCUCCAAAAACUACACUUUUGUUAUGGUGCAAAGCAUAUUGCGAUGGAUAUCCUAAUGUAAACAUCACCAAUUUUACAACAAGUUGGUCAGAUGGUUUGGCAUUCAAUGCUAUAAUUCAUAGACACAGGCCAGAAUUAAUCGACUAUGAAUCAAUGGAGAAUGCCAGUCCAUCAGUUCGACUUGAAAACGCAUUUAGUGUUGCAGAAAAAGAACUUGGAAUACAUCGCCUUCUUGACGCUGAAGAUGUCAUUCGCAGUCCUGACGACAAAUCAAUCGUGACAUAUGUCUCAUCCAUUCAUAAAGUUCUUCCAUCCAAACCACCUGUGCUAUUAACUCAACUAGAUGAGGAUCUUAAAAUGGCUCAUAAAACUUAUUGUGAACGAGCCACUGUGUUGGUUAAAUGGGCAAGGAGCAUCAUUGUUAUUUUGGACAACAAAGAAAUUCCAAAUCAGCUUUUCAUGGUUCAGGAUGUAUACAACCAGAACACGUUUUUGAAGAUCAAUAUUUUGCCACAGAAGGACGCAGAAAGAAGACAAAUUAACGUCUUGUACAAAGACAUACAGGCCAUGGAAAACCCAAUGAAAAGGAAAAUUGAAAUACCUGACGGACUUUCUCCUGAUGAAAUAGAUGCUUUAUGGGCCCAACUUUUGACGUCUCAUGAAAACAAACACGUAAAUUUGAGGGCUGAAAUCGAAAGGUUGGAACAUUUGAGUCACAUUGCGGAAAAAGUGGAGACAGAUGCUGCUUUAGUAGAGUCUUCUUUAAACGAUGUCGAAGCAGAACUAGACGUUGUUGAAGAGAAAAUGGAAAAAACUCAAAUUAAUGAUAACACGAAGGUCACCUAUUUACAGAAAUUUAACCAGAUUAAUAAAGCGUUGAUGAUGUUCAACUUGAGUAUCAAAACUAUGACCACUUCAGUAGCAAUUCUUAUUGAAGGAAAUUACUACGACAGCGAAAGUUUCAAAACCAGGGUUUAUAAUAUCACAAUUCGUUGGGAGCAACUGCAGAAACGCAUCAACAUUAACAUUCAAAACCUGAUUGGUACCAGAACAUCAGUAUCGUCAAUUGAAGACGAUCAUUUACCUAUAGAAGAACCAAUCAUCGUCGAUGAAGAACAGACAGUUGAAGCUACUCCAAUUACAUUCGAUCAAGAGAUGCCUGCUUUCGAAAUGGAUGAAGAAGAUGCAAGUAUUUCUACCAAGGUAAUGUCAAGAGGAUCGAGGACAGUUGUGGUUGGUAAGCCAAGGACAAGCUAUAAAAUAAAAGUGACAGCAGAUAAGCCAGGCGAUGAAGAAACUAUUGGAGCCGUACAAGUUCCAAUGGCUGAAGAAGCACCUUCGAUACCAGUUGUUGAAGAAGCACUAGUUGAACCCUCCAAUGCUCCUGUGGCUGAAGAAGCUCCUGUGGUGUUGGAUGAAAAACCGCCACAAACCACAACCUCCACCAAAAUCACAAUUUCAUCAAAAAGAGAAGCGGCGCAAACGCCAGAUGUGCCGAAAAAGAAACUGAAGAAAUCCAAGAAGACAUUAACAGCGCCAUGGAAUUGCGCAAGUAAAGUUGCUAAAACGGAUUCCAGUGAUGAAGAUGUGAGUCAAACUUCUGAUACAAAACCAGUUGAAGGAUGGCCGGAUAUGACGUUGAAUGCUAAAUUACAAGAAAUACGGGUAGCACAUCACUGGAUACAAUUUAAAAAGAAAACACUAGAAGAUAGCGAAUACGGGAUGGACUUGCCCACCAACGAAUCAUAUUUGGUAGAAAAUGAAAAACAGUUUCAAGAAAUUCGAAUGUUUAAAAUCGAAGUGGAAAAGGUGUGCAAGUUAGAGCUUCGAGAUCCUCCCGACGAAAUUAAAUACAAGAUAACAGAACUUGAAGAUGCUUAUUCUUUACUAGUGAUCGUUGUAGCAAAACGUCACAAGUAUUUGACAGAUCUUGUCAGCUUUAUGAAGGACGCCACGCAACAACUUAUUUGGAUGAACCAAAAAGAAGAAAUCGAAGUGACACGUGACUGGAGUGACAAAGAUAUCGAUCUCAACAAAGUUGACAAGUAUAGUAAGGAACUACAAAAAGAGAUGAAACCACGUGAAAAAACAAUUGAUGAUGUUGUCAAACGUGGAAAAGACCUUAUUCAAGAAGGCCACCCAGCACCUGCUGCAAUCGAGGCUUACAUCACCGUGUUGGAAGCUCAAUGGACAUGGAUAUGCCAGCUACAGAUUGCGUACAAAGCACAUCAUAAGAAUGCUUCUAUCUAUCAAAAGUUCUUUCGAGAGGCAACUUUAUAUGAAAAGUGGCUGGUUGAACGAGUUGAUCGUCUGCAGCCCAUGCUAAAUGGCGUCGAUUUUGGAAGUGCAGAUACUCUGGUCUCUCUUAUUCAGAUUUUGCUGGAAAUUCGUCAACAACUUAUGGAUCAUCAGGGUAUAGCAUCUUCACUGCAAAAGUUGAGUAAAGAUGUUUCUCCGUUGCGACAACGAAAGCAAAAGAUUAAAGAACCAAAGUCCAUUUUAACAGUGUGUGACUAUAGUCAAGAACAGGAUGUUGUGUGUCGUGGAGAUCAAUUAGAUUUAACAGAUAAUAGUGAUCCUUAUAGAUGGAAAGUUUCUCCCCCAUCUGGAUUAGAAUUAGAAGUUCCAUCUGUCUGUUUCAUCAUUCCCACUCCUGAUGCAGAAGCAACAGAACUUGCUACAAGGAUCGAAAUUCAGUACAAACAUUUACUAACACUCUGGAAAAACCGUCACUGGCAUGUAAAACAAGCAUUAGAUUCAUCAGAAGUUUUCACAAGUUUGAAGAUCUUAAAAACACCAGGAGCUGAAAAGCUUGAAGCCCCAGAAUUGUUGUCGACAGCAGAACAAGAUGUUGAUCAAUUGUUGAAAGAAUUUGAGCAAGAGGUUGAUCCGUCGAAUGACGACGAAGCAAUUGAACCUGACUUAAAUGCAAUCACCGAACAAUUUUUGCAAGAACAGUUCCCUCCACAGCAACGACAAGAUAUUCCAAGCGAAGAUAUUAUCCCUACAAAAGACAAACCUCUUGAAGAAGAGCCGGUUGAGCAAAUUCAAUUAGGAUCAUUGCAGGAAGUACCCUUAGAAGAAACACCUUUACACUCUGCAUCACCAACUGAUGAAAAAGAUAUCCCAAAAGACCUAUCUACAGAAGAACAAAUUAUAUACACCUCUAUUGAAGAGCUGCUACAAUGCUUAACCAGUAUUGAGAAUAUGUUAAACGGUAAAAAGAACAUCAAUGUUGAUGCAGAUACAAUCUUACCCGAGAUGACUCAAGCUAAGGAAACUUUAAAAGAACUAGAAACUGAGUUGCAGCCCAAAUACGAUUCUCUGGUGAUGGAAAAGCCACGUAUUACAAACACUCAACUGACUUUUAAGAUAACUGUCCUCAUAGAGAAAUGGAAUGUUGUAAGCUACCGUUUAAAGAAAUGGUCUGAAAGACUCGAUCAUUCAAGAGUAGUGUUGCUUGUUGCCACUGACUUAAAUGAAUGGCUGGCAAAUGUAGAAGAUUCUUUAGUACAACAGCAUGGAAUUACAACUGAUCCAGAAGAUGUAAGCGAACAACAUGAAGAUCUUCUUCUUCUUCAAAAGGAACAUGAUCUGUCCAAAGUCACUGCAGAUAAACUUCGUGUGGCAUUAAUAAACCUGCCCGAUGUUGACCUCACAGAGACGUAUCGAGUUAUUGAGCACUGGGAAAAAGCUGGCGUGCAGUUACAAGGACGAAUUCCAAACUUGAAGUCAACCAAGGAAAGUAUUGUGAAGUUAAGAAAAGCUUUGCAGUGCCAAUUAGAUUGGUUGAAUAAUGUACACACGCAGUUGAAACAAGACGAAGAGCUACCAGAAGAUGUUGCUGAGAUGGAAAAAUUACUCGACCUAUAUACAAAGAUAAAUGAAGAGAUUGCGCAGCAUCGAAAACCCAUUCAAGAAAUAUUCUACAAAUCAGAGGAGUUUAUACUUCAUUCAAAGGCGUACGAGAAAGACCUCGAUGAUUAUCGUCAGUUUGUUGAGGAGCAUGAGGACAGAAGAAACAGGUACAGACUGGGAUACGAGGCAAGAAGAUGGUUAGCUCUUAAAGUCCUCAAACUUACACAACUCUAUGAACUGGUUCUGACUAGCAUCCCACGUCGCAUUGCAAUUAUUUUAAGAGAAGUAAAACAGAAAUCAGGAAUGGAAGUUGAUGAGAUGCCAGAUGACGAAUAUAAAGUUGUGGAGGAGCUGUUGAAUCAGCAGUUAGCGUGGGUUAAGGAAAAAGAAGCAGCUUUACUGAAGUCUGAGCCACCAUAUAAUGCACCAGAAGAACUCACAAAUUACGUACAAGAACUACAGAACCUUGGCAGCGAUGUACAGAACGAAGAGGCUGCAAUGGAUCAGAGAUUGACUUCAACUAGAGCCUUCUUACAGACAGCAAGUGCAAAUUUAUCAUCUGAAGCUCGACAACGAGUACAAGAAAAGUUGUCAUCUCUAGAGAUGGGAUGGGCUAAACUGCAAUGGGAGUGCGAAGGACGUAACACACGUUUGAUAACUAUUCAUGAGAUGCUGAGAAAUUACGAAAAGUCGGUUCAACCCUUUAUGGUGUGGCUUCAAAAAGCAGAAUUACAAGCAGAAUCAUUUCAUGUAAAUGCACCUGAUCUUGAAGGUGUGCAAGAUUUGUUUCGUAGACACCAGCAUUUCGUUGCGGAAGUUCGUAAAAAAGAAGCAGAUCUUCAAAGAGUAAACCAUCAUGGAGAAGCAUUUUUAGCAGAAGCUAAGGCUUUUCAAAAAGAGUUGGAGAAUUAUUUGGCAAGCAUUCCAGAUUCAUUGUCAACUACUGUGAGUGCAACCAGUCAGACAUGGGUGCUAGAACAAAAGCUACAUGAGAUAAAUGAACGCUACAAGAGAUUACUCAGAGCAUUAGCAUUUAAAGGCAACUUGAUAAAUGAAUCCAUCCAAAAACAUCAGGAUUAUGUUCAAAAAAUAGAAGCUUUCCUGCCAUGGCUUGCAGAAGCAGAACGACAACUUGCACGAGAAAUUCAAGAACAGAUGCCAUCAGAUCCAAAGAAGCUAUACAAAAGAAUAGAAAUAAUAAAGCACUUCCACAGUGAUGUACAGGCCCAUCACAAUGACCUUGUGCUUAUUCAAAUGGCUUCAGAUGUAUUGUCUGGAUUAGACAAGCGUGAUGCAGAUCAAACUGAGGGAGAACAGGCCAUUAGAGUCUCCCCUGGUUUGUGGAUACGCACCACAACUGCAAUAAUCCGCCGAUAUGAGGAACUUAGUAUCAAUGUUGUGAAUUUUGAAAGUCGCUUACAAUCACUUUAUAUGACUGUGCAAAAUUUCAAAGAAGGUGUUGAUUUAAUGUAUAGGUGGGCGGAAGCUACGUAUCAAUCAAUGGAUAAGAUGACAAUUGUAUCUUAUGAAAUUCAUAUUCUCAUUCGACAGAUCAGAGAAAUUAAGAUCAUCAUCUUGGAAUUAGAUGGUCGUCGUCCAAGUCUUUCAUCAUUAAGCAGCAGCUUUGAACAAAGCAAGAAAGACAGUUCCACUCAAAAGCAAUUAGAACGCUUGAAUGCAGUUCAAAAAUUAUUUCAUGAAUUGCAAAUUAAAUCUGAGAAAAGAAAGGAUGAGUGUGUUUCAGCAUACAAGAAGUUUGUUGUUAAUUUUGAAGACUGGCAAACCAAAGUAUUAAACAGAUUACAAUCAGGAGAACUGUUGACAACAGAUAUUUUGGUAUUUGAAGAGCAUUUGAUGAAGAUAACAGAAGAUGUGGAGCUUCAUCGCCAAGCUUUCCAGUUUAUAAAUCAAUGUGGACAUGAAUUAAUAUCCAUGGAUAGAAAUCGUCAUGCUUCAGACUUGUUACCAGUCCUUGACAGAGUAAACAAAAACUGGCAAGCAAUUGCAAUUCAACUUAUUAACCAUACUCGAAAAUUUGAUGAAGUUGUUAAGUGUUCAGAAAAGUAUCAUGGUACAUUACAACCAUUAUUGCAGUGGUUUGAGAAAAUGGAAGGAAGAGUAACAACUCUUGCCCCUGUUGCUGUCCAACCCCAAGUUUUACUGGAACAAUUAAGAGAACAGAAGGCUCUACUAAACGAUUCUUACAAUCAUAAAGGAACUAUUGAAAUUCUAACAAAUGUUGCUGAAUCUUUGAUUCAUGUUGUGUAUAUUCAAGAUCAAAAUGUUUCUGAUGACAGGGAACCUACACCAAUUGAACUAGAAGUUAAAUCUGCUAGAGACAGAUUUGAUGAUAUUGUUAGUGUAUUGGAAGCAAGAGGUGUAAAUUUAGAGUCAACAUUAACACAAUCUGAGCAAUAUCAAGUGUCUUAUAACGACUUGACUUCCUGGUUGGAUUGUGCAGAGGAAAUUCAAGUGAAAUGGGGUCCUGUUGGUAGUGAUCUGGAAACUGUAAGGAUGCAGUAUAUAGAGCUUAAGGUCUUCCAAAGGGAUUUAAAUAAAGGCUCCUAUGAUGUCAAGCGUGUGUUGGAGUAUGGAAAUGACUUAAUCAAAUUGAGAGAAAAUGUGCGUGGUGCGCCAGUUAUUAAAUCCCAACUGGAAAGUGUUAAUUUGCGUUGGGAAGGUAUAACAAAAACAACAAGCACACGUCAAAGCCUUUUAGAAAAUGCAUUGGGAAAUAAGUAUCAAGAGGAAAUAAAAAGAAUAACUAUUUGGAUCAACCAAAAACAACACGAAAUUGAAAAGGUUGGUCGCAAGAAAGAAACACCAAAGGAAUUUCCUAAGUACAUACAGGAACUUUGCAUUGAAGUAACAAUAUAUGAAACUAUCAUUUUUGUCAUUCAUUGUGCUGCAAAACAACUAAUGGAAUCAGGGCAAAGUAAUCAAAUUUCUGUGUAUCAAUUGUUAGCUGAAGUAGAUGAGAAGUGGGCGACUUUAGAUAAAUCGUUUCAGAGUUCUCCCCAUUUUGCUGGACGGGUUAAAUUAAAGAGUCCAGAUGAGCUGGAGCGAGAAAAAGGAAAGUCUGAUGAUGUGUCAAGCUUUUUAGCUGAUAGUCGUAAACGGAGAAUGACUGAUGGAUCUUAUGAUGACCAAACAGAAAGUAAAAUUCCAUCUCUGCAAAUCAAUGAAGAUGAGGAUGUCCCAGAACAAGUGUUCCUUUUGCAAAAGAGUAAUCAGCCACUGGCGUUUAAUUUGCAUUCUCCUGAUCAACACACUUCAUUUAAAACAACUGUUGUUAGAAGAACUCAUUUGGGUCAUGCACCACCAUCUCCGAGUUCCGAAGACAUCAUUGUCCCACAGUUUAGUAUGGAUGACCAAUCUUCUCCUGAAGCUGGCCCUGUUGAUCCAAAUUCUACUUCUGAAGAAAUAUUAACAACAGAUGAAUAUGGCAGAAAAGUUAGGAAGAUAAUCACUAAGAAAGUAACAAGAACCCAAAGAAGGAUAGUGAGAAGAAAAUAUAUCGAUGAGAAUGGUGAAGAACACAUUGAAGAAAUUGAAGUUCCAGAAGGGGAAGAACCAGAAUAUAUUCGCCAAGAAAAACAGCCACUGGAAGAAGGUGCUGUUAUUAUCCAUUCUCCUGAUGAAACCGAUACAGCAACUGAGGAAGAACUUGUUCGUGAUGACCAGGGAAAUAUAGUGAAACGCAUUGUAAAGAAAGUCACUCAUGUUACAAAAAGAACACGUAUAAUAAAGCGAACCAUAGUAGACGAAUUUGGUCGAAAAAAAGUUAUAGAAGAGGAAGUGCCUGUUGAAAGUGUGGGUCGGGAUGAAAAGUCCCCAGGAACAUUCACACUUGUAUCGACACCACACAGAACAAUAAGUGAUGAUGUGGAUGGAACACAGUAUAAAAUAGGCAGAAUUACCCCAUCAAAGGAGAGAACAUCCACUGAUUUUGUUCCCACGCAAAUCUCAAGUGUAGAAAGGGAACCAGAACAUACUGAUAGGUUCAUUGAUGAACAUGGAAAUGUUGUCACUAGAGUUACAAAGAGACACAACAUUGUAACUACUGAACGUAAGGAAAUUGGUAAAAUUCUUAUUAUGCCUGAUGGAACUGAAAAAGUAGUUAAAGAGGAACCGAAGGCUGUAAUGAGAAUUCACCCACGCUCUGUAGAUAGGCUUGUUGUCACCCGUGUACUAAGAUCUUCCAGUGGAGAUGAAACAGUUUUGGAUCAUAAAGAAUCUAUUUUGCCUCUUGUGAAUGAAGAAACACCUCAAGUAGUGGAAUGUACUGAUGAGUUUGGCAACAGAAUAAAAAAAAUAUAUAGGCAAACACGCUCUAUAAAAACCAAAACUGUAGUUAAUAUAACUGUUCGUCAAAAGCCUGAUGGAACUGAAGAAGAACUUGAUCAAAGCAUUGAAGUAAUACCUGACGAAGAAGUACCUCUCGAAAAAUCAGAAUCUGAUAUUUCACCCUUGGAAGAAUCAUCUACAGAGGAGAAGCCAGAUGUACUUUUAUCUGAAGAAAGAGAUAAGUUUGGAUUGGUAACUAAAAUUUUUAAAAGAAUGAAGGAAAUAACCACCAAACGACCAAUAAGUACCUCUGUAAUUCUCCAUCCAAAAAACAAGCAAAUAGAAGAGGAUGAAAUUACUGAACCAGUUGAAACUCAAGAUGUGUUUCAAGAAAAUAUCACACCAAUAUUAGAGCGUGUGGAAAAGAAUAAACAAGGUGAGAUUAUAAGAAGAGUCGUGAGAAGACCAGUUCCAGUGAAAACAAGAAGGACUGUUAUCAGAAAAGUUGUAGUUUCUCCAGAAGGACAAGAAAGGGAUAUAGAGGAGAGGGUAGAAGAGCCUUCAGUUAUGUUUCAAGGGAGCUCUGAUCAAGAAAUUCUUCAGAGAAAAAUUAAAGUCACAAGAAAAACUAUAAAAAAGAUUAUCAUUUUACCAGAUGGUACCAGACAAGUAAUAGAAGAGGAACAACCAAUUGUUGAAAAAGAUGUAUCACCAGAACAAAUUGAGACAAGUCCUGAUGGUCGCACAGUACGCAGAACAGUAACAAUCAGGAAAAAAAUUUUGCGCAAAAUUGUGCAUAUGCCUGAUGGAACUACUAGAGAAUUUGAAGAGGAAGUUCCAUAUGAAGAACACAGCAAAUUAGAUCCAGUGAAAGCUUCACAAGCCUACAAAGUUCAAGCAGUGGAAGACGACAUCAUUGCCGCGCCCAUGGUUGUAGACGAGCAGGAGAGUGUUCCCGACAUGUUCCCAGACGAGCCGGAAGAACCCACGGAAACGGUCACCAGAAGGCAGGUGCACAGACAUGCUGUCCCGAGUGACCGACCUGGAGAGACACGUCCCGACGAAGAGGAGCCAGUGGAAGUUGUUACCAUGCCAGACGGCAGAGUGGUGAGAAAGACCAUCACCAUAAGAAAGAGAAUCGUUCGUAAAAUCAUCGUGUUGCCUGAUGGCACGAGAAAGGAGGUGGAAGAGGAGGUGCCUGUCGAAGAGGAGCCCCGAGAGGAGGUAGUCACACGAAGGGAAGUUCACCGUGCUUACCUGCCAGACCCCUCCAAGGAGAAGAAGAAGAAGCAACCCAAGCCCGUGGAACGCGUGUACGUCACCAGGGUGGUUAGAAGGCCCGACGGCAUAGAGAGCGUUAUUGACGAGUCCGAGACGGUCUAUCCAAUGGAAGUUGCGCCGGAAGAGCACGAGCCUGAAGUCGUGGAGAAGGAGGAGAAGGACCCUAGAGGCGUGGUCAUUCGGCGAGUUGUCAGGAGGCCGGUGAUAGUGACAAGCAAGAGAACCGUGGUGCGGAGAUCUGAAGUGUUGCCGGACGGAAAAGAGAAGGAAAUCGAAAAGAGUGUGGAGGAAAGUCCCGGAACAGAGGAGAAGCCAAAGACGAGCAGACGCAUGGUGCGCAAGGUGGUGGAACAACCCGAUGGCCAGGAGAAGGUGGUCGAGGAGCCUGAAGAUGUGAGUCCGCUUGAAAGCUCCACAACUGAGGAGUCCGUACCUGAAGUGGAGGAGAAGAAGGUGAGAGGCGUUGUGGUGCGUACCGUUCGCAGGAGAUCUGUCACCACCAGCCAGAAGAGGGUGGUGAGAAGAGUCGUGGAACGCAAAGACGGCACACCGGACGCAUCUGAGCCCGUGGAAGACACCAUCGAGGAGCCUGUGGAACCCACCAAGGUGACUAUGGUCAGGAGGACAGUGAUCAAGAGCGACGGCACAACGGAGACUGUGGAGGAGCCAGAGUACGAAAUGCCCGUGGAGGCUGUGCCAACCGUAGAGGAAGAGAAGGACAGACGUGGUGUUGUAACCAGAAGGGUCGUGAGGAGGCCAGUUCCUGUUGUGACCCGUCGACGAGUGUACCGAAAAGUUAUCCUGGCGCCAGAUGGCACGGAGAAAGGAGUCGAGGAGAAGGUGGAAGAGCCUUCCAGGCCUGAGGCACCCGUCGAUGACGACAUCGUUGCCGCGCCCAUGGUUGUAGACGAGCAGGAGAGUGUUCCCGACAUGUUCCCAGACGAGCCGGAAGAACCCACGGAAACGGUCACCAGAAGGCAGGUGCACAGACAUGCUGUCCCGAGUGACCGACCUGGAGAGACACGUCCCGACGAAGAGGAGCCAGUGGAAGUUGUUACCAUGCCAGACGGCAGAGUGGUGAGAAAGACCAUCACCAUAAGAAAGAGAAUCGUUCGUAAGAUCAUCGUGUUGCCUGAUGGCACGAGAAAGGAGGUGGAAGAGGAGGUGCCUGUCGAAGAGGAGCCCCGAGAGGAGGUAGUCACACGAAGGGAAGUUCACCGUGCUUACCUGCCCGACCCCUCCAAGGAGAAGAAGAAGAAGCAACCCAAGCCCGUGGAACGCGUGUAUGUCACCAGGGUGGUUAGAAGGCCCGACGGCAUAGAGAGCGUUAUUGACGAGUCCGAGACGGUCUAUCCAAUGGAAGUUGCGCCGGAAGAGCACGAGCCUGAAGUCGUGGAGAAGGAGGAGAAGGACCCUAGAGGCGUGGUCAUUCGGCGAGUUGUCAGGAGGCCGGUGAUAGUGACAAGCAAGAGAACCGUGGUGCGGAGAUCUGAAGUGUUGCCGGACGGAAAAGAGAAGGAAAUCGAAAAGAGUGUGGAGGAAAGUCCCGGAACAGAGGAGAAGCCAAAGACGAGCAGACGCAUGGUGCGCAAGGUGGUGGAACAACCCGAUGGCCAGGAGAAGGUGGUCGAGGAGCCUGAAGAUGUGAGUCCGCUUGAAAGCUCCACAACUGAGGAGUCCGAACCUGAAGUGGAGGAGAAGAAGGUGAGAGGCGUUGUGGUGCGUACCGUUCGCAGGAGAUCUGUCACCACCAGCCAGAAGAGGGUGGUGAGAAGAGUCGUGGAACGCAAAGACGGCACACCGGACGCAUCUGAGCCCGUGGAAGACACCAUCGAGGAGCCUGUGGAACCCACCAAGGUGACUAUGGUCAGGAGGACAGUGAUCAAGAGCGACGGCACAACGGAGACUGUGGAGGAGCCAGAGUACGAAAUGCCCGUGGAGGCUGUGCCAACCGUAGAGGAAGAGAAGGACAGACGUGGUGUUGUAACCAGAAGGGUCGUGAGGAGGCCAGUUCCUGUUGUGACCCGUCGACGAGUGUACCGAAAAGUUAUCCUGGCGCCAGAUGGCACGGAGAAAGGAGUCGAGGAGAAGGUGGAAGAGCCUUCCAGGCCUGAGGCACCCGUCGAUGACGACAUCGUUGCCGCGCCCAUGGUUGUAGACGAGCAGGAGAGUGUUCCCGACAUGUUCCCAGACGAGCCGGAAGAACCCACGGAAACGGUCACCAGAAGGCAGGUGCACAGACAUGCUGUCCCGAGUGACCGACCUGGAGAGACACGUCCCGACGAAGAGGAGCCAGUGGAAGUUGUUACCAUGCCAGACGGCAGAGUGGUGAGAAAGACCAUCACCAUAAGAAAGAGAAUCGUUCGUAAGAUCAUCGUGUUGCCUGAUGGCACGAGAAAGGAGGUGGAAGAGGAGGUGCCUGUCGAAGAGGAGCCCCGAGAGGAGGUAGUCACACGAAGGGAAGUUCACCGUGCUUACCUGCCCGACCCCUCCAAGGAGAAGAAGAAGAAGCAACCCAAGCCCGUGGAACGCGUGUACGUCACCAGGGUGGUUAGAAGGCCCGACGGCAUAGAGAGCGUUAUUGACGAGUCCGAGACGGUCUAUCCAAUGGAAGUUGCGCCGGAAGAGCACGAGCCUGAAGUCGUGGAGAAGGAGGAGAAGGACCCUAGAGGCGUGGUCAUUCGGCGAGUUGUCAGGAGGCCGGUGAUAGUGACAAGCAAGAGAACCGUGGUGCGGAGAUCUGAAGUGUUGCCGGACGGAAAAGAGAAGGAAAUCGAAAAGAGUGUGGAGGAAAGUCCCGGAACAGAGGAGAAGCCAAAGACGAGCAGACGCAUGGUGCGCAAGGUGGUGGAACAACCCGAUGGCCAGGAGAAGGUGGUCGAGGAGCCUGAAGAUGUGAGUCCGCUUGAAAGCUCCACAACUGAGGAGUCCGAACCUGAAGUGGAGGAGAAGAAGGUGAGAGGCGUUGUGGUGCGUACCGUUCGCAGGAGAUCUGUCACCACCAGCCAGAAGAGGGUGGUGAGAAGAGUCGUGGAACGCAAAGACGGCACACCGGACGCAUCUGAGCCCGUGGAAGACACCAUCGAGGAGCCUGUGGAACCCACCAAGGUGACUAUGGUCAGGAGGACAGUGAUCAAGAGCGACGGCACAACGGAGACUGUGGAGGAGCCAGAGUACGAAAUGCCCGUGGAGGCUGUGCCAACCGUAGAGGAAGAGAAGGACAGACGUGGUGUUGUAACCAGAAGGGUCGUGAGGAGGCCAGUUCCUGUUGUGACCCGUCGACGAGUGUACCGAAAAGUUAUCCUGGCGCCAGAUGGCACGGAGAAAGGAGUCGAGGAGAAGGUGGAAGAGCCUUCCAGGCCUGAGGCACCCGUCGAUGACGACAUCGUUGCCGCGCCCAUGGUUGUAGACGAGCAGGAGAGUGUUCCCGACAUGUUCCCAGACGAGCCGGAAGAACCCACGGAAACGGUCACCAGAAGGCAGGUGCACAGACAUGCUGUCCCGAGUGACCGACCUGGAGAGACACGUCCCGACGAAGAGGAGCCAGUGGAAGUUGUUACCAUGCCAGACGGCAGAGUGGUGAGAAAGACCAUCACCAUAAGAAAGAGAAUCGUUCGUAAGAUCAUCGUGUUGCCUGAUGGCACGAGAAAGGAGGUGGAAGAGGAGGUGCCUGUCGAAGAGGAGCCCCGAGAGGAGGUAGUCACACGAAGGGAAGUUCACCGUGCUUACCUGCCCGACCCCUCCAAGGAGAAGAAGAAGAAGCAACCCAAGCCCGUGGAACGCGUGUACGUCACCAGGGUGGUUAGAAGGCCCGACGGCAUAGAGAGCGUUAUUGACGAGUCCGAGACGGUCUAUCCAAUGGAAGUUGCGCCGGAAGAGCACGAGCCUGAAGUCGUGGAGAAGGAGGAGAAGGACCCUAGAGGCGUGGUCAUUCGGCGAGUUGUCAGGAGGCCGGUGAUAGUGACAAGCAAGAGAACCGUGGUGCGGAGAUCUGAAGUGUUGCCGGACGGAAAAGAGAAGGAAAUCGAAAAGAGUGUGGAGGAAAGUCCCGGAACAGAGGAGAAGCCAAAGACGAGCAGACGCAUGGUGCGCAAGGUGGUGGAACAACCCGAUGGCCAGGAGAAGGUGGUCGAGGAGCCUGAAGAUGUGAGUCCGCUUGAAAGCUCCACAACUGAGGAGUCCGAACCUGAAGUGGAGGAGAAGAAGGUGAGAGGCGUUGUGGUGCGUACCGUUCGCAGGAGAUCUGUCACCACCAGCCAGAAGAGGGUGGUGAGAAGAGUCGUGGAACGCAAAGACGGCACACCGGACGCAUCUGAGCCCGUGGAAGACACCAUCGAGGAGCCUGUGGAACCCACCAAGGUGACUAUGGUCAGGAGGACAGUGAUCAAGAGCGACGGCACAACGGAGACUGUGGAGGAGCCAGAGUACGAAAUGCCCGUGGAGGCUGUGCCAACCGUAGAGGAAGAGAAGGACAGACGUGGUGUUGUAACCAGAAGGGUCGUGAGGAGGCCAGUUCCUGUUGUGACCCGUCGACGAGUGUACCGAAAAGUUAUCCUGGCGCCAGAUGGCACGGAGAAAGGAGUCGAGGAGAAGGUGGAAGAGCCUUCCAGGCCUGAGGCACCCGUCGAUGACGACAUCGUUGCCGCGCCCAUGGUUGUAGACGAGCAGGAGAGUGUUCCCGACAUGUUCCCAGACGAGCCGGAAGAACCCACGGAAACGGUCACCAGAAGGCAGGUGCACAGACAUGCUGUCCCGAGUGACCGACCUGGAGAGACACGUCCCGACGAAGAGGAGCCAGUGGAAGUUGUUACCAUGCCAGACGGCAGAGUGGUGAGAAAGACCAUCACCAUAAGAAAGAGAAUCGUUCGUAAGAUCAUCGUGUUGCCUGAUGGCACGAGAAAGGAGGUGGAAGAGGAGGUGCCUGUCGAAGAGGAGCCCCGAGAGGAGGUAGUCACACGAAGGGAAGUUCACCGUGCUUACCUGCCCGACCCCUCCAAGGAGAAGAAGAAGAAGCAACCCAAGCCCGUGGAACGCGUGUACGUCACCAGGGUGGUUAGAAGGCCCGACGGCAUAGAGAGCGUUAUUGACGAGUCCGAGACGGUCUAUCCAAUGGAAGUUGCGCCGGAAGAGCACGAGCCUGAAGUCGUGGAGAAGGAGGAGAAGGACCCUAGAGGCGUGGUCAUUCAACGAGUUGUCAGGAGGCCGGUGAUAGUGACAAGCAAGAGAACCGUGGUGCGGAGAUCUGAAGUGUUGCCGGACGGAAAAGAGAAGGAAAUCGAAAAGAGUGUGGAGGAAAGUCCCGGAACAGAGGAGAAGCCAAAGACGAGCAGACGCAUGGUGCGCAAGGUGGUGGAACAACCCGAUGGCCAGGAGAAGGUGGUCGAGGAGCCUGAAGAUGUGAGUCCGCUUGAAAGCUCCACAACUGAGGAGUCCGAACCUGAAGUGGAGGAGAAGAAGGUGAGAGGCGUUGUGGUGCGUACCGUUCGCAGGAGAUCUGUCACCACCAGCCAGAAGAGGGUGGUGAGAAGAGUCGUGGAACGCAAAGACGGCACACCGGACGCAUCUGAGCCCGUGGAAGACACCAUCGAGGAGCCUGUGGAACCCACCAAGGUGACUAUGGUCAGGAGGACAGUGAUCAAGAGCGACGGCACAACGGAGACUGUGGAGGAGCCAGAGUACGAAAUGCCCGUGGAGGCUGUGCCAACCGUAGAGGAAGAGAAGGACAGACGUGGUGUUGUAACCAGAAGGGUCGUGAGGAGGCCAGUUCCUGUUGUGACCCGUCGACGAGUGUACCGAAAAGUUAUCCUGGCGCCAGAUGGCACGGAGAAAGGAGUCGAGGAGAAGGUGGAAGAGCCUUCCAGGCCUGAGGCACCCGUCGAUGACGACAUCGUUGCCGCGCCCAUGGUUGUAGACGAGCAGGAGAGUGUUCCCGACAUGUUCCCAGACGAGCCGGAAGAACCCACGGAAACGGUCACCAGAAGGCAGGUGCACAGACAUGCUGUCCCGAGUGACCGACCUGGAGAGACACGUCCCGACGAAGAGGAGCCAGUGGAAGUUGUUACCAUGCCAGACGGCAGAGUGGUGAGAAAGACCAUCACCAUAAGAAAGAGAAUCGUUCGUAAGAUCAUCGUGUUGCCUGAUGGCACGAGAAAGGAGGUGGAAGAGGAGGUGCCUGUCGAAGAGGAGCCCCGAGAGGAGGUAGUCACACGAAGGGAAGUUCACCGUGCUUACCUGCCCGACCCCUCCAAGGAGAAGAAGAAGAAGCAACCCAAGCCCGUGGAACGCGUGUACGUCACCAGGGUGGUUAGAAGGCCCGACGGCAUAGAGAGCGUUAUUGACGAGUCCGAGACGGUCUAUCCAAUGGAAGUUGCGCCGGAAGAGCACGAGCCUGAAGUCGUGGAGAAGGAGGAGAAGGACCCUAGAGGCGUGGUCAUUCGGCGAGUUGUCAGGAGGCCGGUGAUAGUGACAAGCAAGAGAACCGUGGUGCGGAGAUCUGAAGUGUUGCCGGACGGAAAAGAGAAGGAAAUCGAAAAGAGUGUGGAGGAAAGUCCCGGAACAGAGGAGAAGCCAAAGACGAGCAGACGCAUGGUGCGCAAGGUGGUGGAACAACCCGAUGGCCAGGAGAAGGUGGUCGAGGAGCCUGAAGAUGUGAGUCCGCUUGAAAGCUCCACAACUGAGGAGUCCGAACCUGAAGUGGAGGAGAAGAAGGUGAGAGGCGUUGUGGUGCGUACCGUUCGCAGGAGAUCUGUCACCACCAGCCAGAAGAGGGUGGUGAGAAGAGUCGUGGAACGCAAAGACGGCACACCGGACGCAUCUGAGCCCGUGGAAGACACCAUCGAGGAGCCUGUGGAACCCACCAAGGUGACUAUGGUCAGGAGGACAGUGAUCAAGAGCGACGGCACAACGGAGACUGUGGAGGAGCCAGAGUACGAAAUGCCCGUGGAGGCUGUGCCAACCGUAGAGGAAGAGAAGGACAGACGUGGUGUUGUAACCAGAAGGGUCGUGAGGAGGCCAGUUCCUGUUGUGACCCGUCGACGAGUGUACCGAAAAGUUAUCCUGGCGCCAGAUGGCACGGAGAAAGGAGUCGAGGAGAAGGUGGAAGAGCCUUCCAGGCCUGAGGCACCCGUCGAUGACGACAUCGUUGCCGCGCCCAUGGUUGUAGACGAGCAGGAGAGUGUUCCCGACAUGUUCCCAGACGAGCCGGAAGAACCCACGGAAACGGUCACCAGAAGGCAGGUGCACAGACAUGCUGUCCCGAGUGACCGACCUGGAGAGACACGUCCCGACGAAGAGGAGCCAGUGGAAGUUGUUACCAUGCCAGACGGCAGAGUGGUGAGAAAGACCAUCACCAUAAGAAAGAGAAUCGUUCGUAAGAUCAUCGUGUUGCCUGAUGGCACGAGAAAGGAGGUGGAAGAGGAGGUGCCUGUCGAAGAGGAGCCCCGAGAGGAGGUAGUCACACGAAGGGAAGUUCACCGUGCUUACCUGCCCGACCCCUCCAAGGAGAAGAAGAAGAAGCAACCCAAACCCGUGGAACGCGUGUACGUCACCAGGGUGGUUAGAAGGCCCGACGGCAUAGAGAGCGUUAUUGACGAGUCCGAGACGGUCUAUCCAAUGGAAGUUGCGCCGGAAGAGCACGAGCCUGAAGUCGUGGAGAAGGAGGAGAAGGACCCUAGAGGCGUGGUCAUUCGGCGAGUUGUCAGGAGGCCGGUGAUAGUGACAAGCAAGAGAACCGUGGUGCGGAGAUCUGAAGUGUUGCCGGACGGAAAAGAGAAGGAAAUCGAAAAGAGUGUGGAGGAAAGUCCCGGAACAGAGGAGAAGCCAAAGACGAGCAGACGCAUGGUGCGCAAGGUGGUGGAACAACCCGAUGGCCAGGAGAAGGUGGUCGAGGAGCCUGAAGAUGUGAGUCCGCUUGAAAGCUCCACAACUGAGGAGUCCGAACCUGAAGUGGAGGAGAAGAAGGUGAGAGGCGUUGUGGUGCGUACCGUUCGCAGGAGAUCUGUCACCACCAGCCAGAAGAGGGUGGUGAGAAGAGUCGUGGAACGCAAAGACGGCACACCGGACGCAUCUGAGCCCGUGGAAGACACCAUCGAGGAGCCUGUGGAACCCACCAAGGUGACUAUGGUCAGGAGGACAGUGAUCAAGAGCGACGGCACAACGGAGACUGUGGAGGAGCCAGAGUACGAAAUGCCCGUGGAGGCUGUGCCAACCGUAGAGGAAGAGAAGGACAGACGUGGUGUUGUAACCAGAAGGGUCGUGAGGAGGCCAGUUCCUGUUGUGACCCGUCGACGAGUGUACCGAAAAGUUAUCCUGGCGCCAGAUGGCACGGAGAAAGGAGUCGAGGAGGAGGUGGAAGAGCCUUCCAGGCCUGAGGCACCCGUCGAUGACGACAUCGUUGCCGCGCCCAUGGUUGUAGACGAGCAGGAGAGUGUUCCCGACAUGUUCCCAGACGAGCCGGAAGAACCCACGGAAACGGUCACCAGAAGGCAGGUGCACAGACAUGCUGUCCCGAGUGACCGACCUGGAGAGACACGUCCCGACGAAGAGGAGCCAGUGGAAGUUGUUACCAUGCCAGACGGCAGAGUGGUGAGAAAGACCAUCACCAUAAGAAAGAGAAUCGUUCGUAAGAUCAUCGUGUUGCCUGAUGGCACGAGAAAGGAGGUGGAAGAGGAGGUGCCUGUCGAAGAGGAGCCCCGAGAGGAGGUAGUCACACGAAGGGAAGUUCACCGUGCUUACCUGCCCGACCCCUCCAAGGAGAAGAAGAAGAAGCAACCCAAACCCGUGGAACGCGUGUACGUCACCAGGGUGGUUAGAAGGCCCGACGGCAUAGAGAGCGUUAUUGACGAGUCCGAGACGGUCUAUCCAAUGGAAGUUGCGCCGGAAGAGCACGAGCCUGAAGUCGUGGAGAAGGAGGAGAAGGACCCUAGAGGCGUGGUCAUUCGGCGAGUUGUCAGGAGGCCGGUGAUAGUGACAAGCAAGAGAACCGUGGUGCGGAGAUCUGAAGUGUUGCCGGACGGAAAAGAGAAGGAAAUCGAAAAGAGUGUGGAGGAAAGUCCCGGAACAGAGGAGAAGCCAAAGACGAGCAGACGCAUGGUGCGCAAGGUGGUGGAACAACCCGAUGGCCAGGAGAAGGUGGUCGAGGAGCCUGAAGAUGUGAGUCCGCUUGAAAGCUCCACAACUGAGGAGUCCGAACCUGAAGUGGAGGAGAAGAAGGUGAGAGGCGUUGUGGUGCGUACCGUUCGCAGGAGAUCUGUCACCACCAGCCAGAAGAGGGUGGUGAGAAGAGUCGUGGAACGCAAAGACGGCACACCGGACGCAUCUGAGCCCGUGGAAGACACCAUCGAGGAGCCUGUGGAACCCACCAAGGUGACUAUGGUCAGGAGGACAGUGAUCAAGAGCGACGGCACAACGGAGACUGUGGAGGAGCCAGAGUACGAAAUGCCCGUGGAGGCUGUGCCAACCGUAGAGGAAGAGAAGGACAGACGUGGUGUUGUAACCAGAAGGGUCGUGAGGAGGCCAGUUCCUGUUGUGACCCGUCGACGAGUGUACCGAAAAGUUAUCCUGGCGCCAGAUGGCACGGAGAAAGGAGUCGAGGAGAAGGUGGAAGAGCCUUCCAGGCCUGAGGCACCCGUCGAUGACGACAUCGUUGCCGCGCCCAUGGUUGUAGACGAGCAGGAGAGUGUUCCCGACAUGUUCCCAGACGAGCCGGAAGAACCCACGGAAACGGUCACCAGAAGGCAGGUGCACAGACAUGCUGUCCCGAGUGACCGACCUGGAGAGACACGUCCCGACGAAGAGGAGCCAGUGGAAGUUGUUACCAUGCCAGACGGCAGAGUGGUGAGAAAGACCAUCACCAUAAGAAAGAGAAUCGUUCGUAAGAUCAUCGUGUUGCCUGAUGGCACGAGAAAGGAGGUGGAAGAGGAGGUGCCUGUCGAAGAGGAGCCCCGAGAGGAGGUAGUCACACGAAGGGAAGUUCACCGUGCUUACCUGCCCGACCCCUCCAAGGAGAAGAAGAAGAAGCAACCCAAACCCGUGGAACGCGUGUACGUCACCAGGGUGGUUAGAAGGCCCGACGGCAUAGAGAGCGUUAUUGACGAGUCCGAGACGGUCUAUCCAAUGGAAGUUGCGCCGGAAGAGCACGAGCCUGAAGUCGUGGAGAAGGAGGAGAAGGACCCUAGAGGCGUGGUCAUUCGGCGAGUUGUCAGGAGGCCGGUGAUAGUGACAAGCAAGAGAACCGUGGUGCGGAGAUCUGAAGUGUUGCCGGACGGAAAAGAGAAGGAAAUCGAAAAGAGUGUGGAGGAAAGUCCCGGAACAGAGGAGAAGCCAAAGACGAGCAGACGCAUGGUGCGCAAGGUGGUGGAACAACCCGAUGGCCAGGAGAAGGUGGUCGAGGAGCCUGAAGAUGUGAGUCCGCUUGAAAGCUCCACAACUGAGGAGUCCGAACCUGAAGUGGAGGAGAAGAAGGUGAGAGGCGUUGUGGUGCGUACCGUUCGCAGGAGAUCUGUCACCACCAGCCAGAAGAGGGUGGUGAGAAGAGUCGUGGAACGCAAAGACGGCACACCGGACGCAUCUGAGCCCGUGGAAGACACCAUCGAGGAGCCUGUGGAACCCACCAAGGUGACUAUGGUCAGGAGGACAGUGAUCAAGAGCGACGGCACAACGGAGACUGUGGAGGAGCCAGAGUACGAAAUGCCCGUGGAGGCUGUGCCAACCGUAGAGGAAGAGAAGGACAGACGUGGUGUUGUAACCAGAAGGGUCGUGAGGAGGCCAGUUCCUGUUGUGACCCGUCGACGAGUGUACCGAAAAGUUAUCCUGGCGCCAGAUGGCACGGAGAAAGGAGUCGAGGAGAAGGUGGAAGAGCCUUCCAGGCCUGAGGCACCCGUCGAUGACGACAUCGUUGCCGCGCCCAUGGUUGUAGACGAGCAGGAGAGUGUUCCCGACAUGUUCCCAGACGAGCCGGAAGAACCCACGGAAACGGUCACCAGAAGGCAGGUGCACAGACAUGCUGUCCCGAGUGACCGACCUGGAGAGACACGUCCCGACGAAGAGGAGCCAGUGGAAGUUGUUACCAUGCCAGACGGCAGAGUGGUGAGAAAGACCAUCACCAUAAGAAAGAGAAUCGUUCGUAAGAUCAUCGUGUUGCCUGAUGGCACGAGAAAGGAGGUGGAAGAGGAGGUGCCUGUCGAAGAGGAGCCCCGAGAGGAGGUAGUCACACGAAGGGAAGUUCACCGUGCUUACCUGCCCGACCCCUCCAAGGAGAAGAAGAAGAAGCAACCCAAGCCCGUGGAACGCGUGUACGUCACCAGGGUGGUUAGAAGGCCCGACGGCAUAGAGAGCGUUAUUGACGAGUCCGAGACGGUCUAUCCAAUGGAAGUUGCGCCGGAAGAGCACGAGCCUGAAGUCGUGGAGAAGGAGGAGAAGGACCCUAGAGGCGUGGUCAUUCGGCGAGUUGUCAGGAGGCCGGUGAUAGUGACAAGCAAGAGAACCGUGGUGCGGAGAUCUGAAGUGUUGCCGGACGGAAAAGAGAAGGAAAUCGAAAAGAGUGUGGAGGAAAGUCCCGGAACAGAGGAGAAGCCAAAGACGAGCAGACGCAUGGUGCGCAAGGUGGUGGAACAACCCGAUGGCCAGGAGAAGGUGGUCGAGGAGCCUGAAGAUGUGAGUCCGCUUGAAAGCUCCACAACUGAGGAGUCCGAACCUGAAGUGGAGGAGAAGAAGGUGAGAGGCGUUGUGGUGCGUACCGUUCGCAGGAGAUCUGUCACCACCAGCCAGAAGAGGGUGGUGAGAAGAGUCGUGGAACGCAAAGACGGCACACCGGACGCAUCUGAGCCCGUGGAAGACACCAUCGAGGAGCCUGUGGAACCCACCAAGGUGACUAUGGUCAGGAGGACAGUGAUCAAGAGCGACGGCACAACGGAGACUGUGGAGGAGCCAGAGUACGAAAUGCCCGUGGAGGCUGUGCCAACCGUAGAGGAAGAGAAGGACAGACGUGGUGUUGUAACCAGAAGGGUCGUGAGGAGGCCAGUUCCUGUUGUGACCCGUCGACGAGUGUACCGAAAAGUUAUCCUGGCGCCAGAUGGCACGGAGAAAGGAGUCGAGGAGAAGGUGGAAGAGCCUUCCAGGCCUGAGGCACCCGUCGAUGACGACAUCGUUGCCGCGCCCAUGGUUGUAGACGAGCAGGAGAGUGUUCCCGACAUGUUCCCAGACGAGCCGGAAGAACCCACGGAAACGGUCACCAGAAGGCAGGUGCACAGACAUGCUGUCCCGAGUGACCGACCUGGAGAGACACGUCCCGACGAAGAGGAGCCAGUGGAAGUUGUUACCAUGCCAGACGGCAGAGUGGUGAGAAAGACCAUCACCAUAAGAAAGAGAAUCGUUCGUAAGAUCAUCGUGUUGCCUGAUGGCACGAGAAAGGAGGUGGAAGAGGAGGUGCCUGUCGAAGAGGAGCCCCGAGAGGAGGUAGUCACACGAAGGGAAGUUCACCGUGCUUACCUGCCCGACCCCUCCAAGGAGAAGAAGAAGAAGCAACCCAAACCCGUGGAACGCGUGUACGUCACCAGGGUGGUUAGAAGGCCCGACGGCAUAGAGAGCGUUAUUGACGAGUCCGAGACGGUCUAUCCAAUGGAAGUUGCGCCGGAAGAGCACGAGCCUGAAGUCGUGGAGAAGGAGGAGAAGGACCCUAGAGGCGUGGUCAUUCGGCGAGUUGUCAGGAGGCCGGUGAUAGUGACAAGCAAGAGAACCGUGGUGCGGAGAUCUGAAGUGUUGCCGGACGGAAAAGAGAAGGAAAUCGAAAAGAGUGUGGAGGAAAGUCCCGGAACAGAGGAGAAGCCAAAGACGAGCAGACGCAUGGUGCGCAAGGUGGUGGAACAACCCGAUGGCCAGGAGAAGGUGGUCGAGGAGCCUGAAGAUGUGAGUCCGCUUGAAAGCUCCACAACUGAGGAGUCCGAACCUGAAGUGGAGGAGAAGAAGGUGAGAGGCGUUGUGGUGCGUACCGUUCGCAGGAGAUCUGUCACCACCAGCCAGAAGAGGGUGGUGAGAAGAGUCGUGGAACGCAAAGACGGCACACCGGACGCAUCUGAGCCCGUGGAAGACACCAUCGAGGAGCCUGUGGAACCCACCAAGGUGACUAUGGUCAGGAGGACAGUGAUCAAGAGCGACGGCACAACGGAGACUGUGGAGGAGCCAGAGUACGAAAUGCCCGUGGAGGCUGUGCCAACCGUAGAGGAAGAGAAGGACAGACGUGGUGUUGUAACCAGAAGGGUCGUGAGGAGGCCAGUUCCUGUUGUGACCCGUCGACGAGUGUACCGAAAAGUUAUCCUGGCGCCAGAUGGCACGGAGAAAGGAGUCGAGGAGGAGGUGGAAGAGCCUUCCAGGCCUGAGGCACCCGUCGAUGACGACAUCGUUGCCGCGCCCAUGGUUGUAGACGAGCAGGAGAGUGUUCCCGACAUGUUCCCAGACGAGCCGGAAGAACCCACGGAAACGGUCACCAGAAGGCAGGUGCACAGACAUGCUGUCCCGAGUGACCGACCUGGAGAGACACGUCCCGACGAAGAGGAGCCAGUGGAAGUUGUUACCAUGCCAGACGGCAGAGUGGUGAGAAAGACCAUCACCAUAAGAAAGAGAAUCGUUCGUAAGAUCAUCGUGUUGCCUGAUGGCACGAGAAAGGAGGUGGAAGAGGAGGUGCCUGUCGAAGAGGAGCCCCGAGAGGAGGUAGUCACACGAAGGGAAGUUCACCGUGCUUACCUGCCCGACCCCUCCAAGGAGAAGAAGAAGAAGCAACCCAAACCCGUGGAACGCGUGUACGUCACCAGGGUGGUUAGAAGGCCCGACGGCAUAGAGAGCGUUAUUGACGAGUCCGAGACGGUCUAUCCAAUGGAAGUUGCGCCGGAAGAGCACGAGCCUGAAGUCGUGGAGAAGGAGGAGAAGGACCCUAGAGGCGUGGUCAUUCGGCGAGUUGUCAGGAGGCCGGUGAUAGUGACAAGCAAGAGAACCGUGGUGCGGAGAUCUGAAGUGUUGCCGGACGGAAAAGAGAAGGAAAUCGAAAAGAGUGUGGAGGAAAGUCCCGGAACAGAGGAGAAGCCAAAGACGAGCAGACGCAUGGUGCGCAAGGUGGUGGAACAACCCGAUGGCCAGGAGAAGGUGGUCGAGGAGCCUGAAGAUGUGAGUCCGCUUGAAAGCUCCACAACUGAGGAGUCCGAACCUGAAGUGGAGGAGAAGAAGGUGAGAGGCGUUGUGGUGCGUACCGUUCGCAGGAGAUCUGUCACCACCAGCCAGAAGAGGGUGGUGAGAAGAGUCGUGGAACGCAAAGACGGCACACCGGACGCAUCUGAGCCCGUGGAAGACACCAUCGAGGAGCCUGUGGAACCCACCAAGGUGACUAUGGUCAGGAGGACAGUGAUCAAGAGCGACGGCACAACGGAGACUGUGGAGGAGCCAGAGUACGAAAUGCCCGUGGAGGCUGUGCCAACCGUAGAGGAAGAGAAGGACAGACGUGGUGUUGUAACCAGAAGGGUCGUGAGGAGGCCAGUUCCUGUUGUGACCCGUCGACGAGUGUACCGAAAAGUUAUCCUGGCGCCAGAUGGCACGGAGAAAGGAGUCGAGGAGAAGGUGGAAGAGCCUUCCAGGCCUGAGGCACCCGUCGAUGACGACAUCGUUGCCGCGCCCAUGGUUGUAGACGAGCAGGAGAGUGUUCCCGACAUGUUCCCAGACGAGCCGGAAGAACCCACGGAAACGGUCACCAGAAGGCAGGUGCACAGACAUGCUGUCCCGAGUGACCGACCUGGAGAGACACGUCCCGACGAAGAGGAGCCAGUGGAAGUUGUUACCAUGCCAGACGGCAGAGUGGUGAGAAAGACCAUCACCAUAAGAAAGAGAAUCGUUCGUAAGAUCAUCGUGUUGCCUGAUGGCACGAGAAAGGAGGUGGAAGAGGAGGUGCCUGUCGAAGAGGAGCCCCGAGAGGAGGUAGUCACACGAAGGGAAGUUCACCGUGCUUACCUGCCCGACCCCUCCAAGGAGAAGAAGAAGAAGCAACCCAAACCCGUGGAACGCGUGUACGUCACCAGGGUGGUUAGAAGGCCCGACGGCAUAGAGAGCGUUAUUGACGAGUCCGAGACGGUCUAUCCAAUGGAAGUUGCGCCGGAAGAGCACGAGCCUGAAGUCGUGGAGAAGGAGGAGAAGGACCCUAGAGGCGUGGUCAUUCGGCGAGUUGUCAGGAGGCCGGUGAUAGUGACAAGCAAGAGAACCGUGGUGCGGAGAUCUGAAGUGUUGCCGGACGGAAAAGAGAAGGAAAUCGAAAAGAGUGUGGAGGAAAGUCCCGGAACAGAGGAGAAGCCAAAGACGAGCAGACGCAUGGUGCGCAAGGUGGUGGAACAACCCGAUGGCCAGGAGAAGGUGGUCGAGGAGCCUGAAGAUGUGAGUCCGCUUGAAAGCUCCACAACUGAGGAGUCCGAACCUGAAGUGGAGGAGAAGAAGGUGAGAGGCGUUGUGGUGCGUACCGUUCGCAGGAGAUCUGUCACCACCAGCCAGAAGAGGGUGGUGAGAAGAGUCGUGGAACGCAAAGACGGCACACCGGACGCAUCUGAGCCCGUGGAAGACACCAUCGAGGAGCCUGUGGAACCCACCAAGGUGACUAUGGUCAGGAGGACAGUGAUCAAGAGCGACGGCACAACGGAGACUGUGGAGGAGCCAGAGUACGAAAUGCCCGUGGAGGCUGUGCCAACCGUAGAGGAAGAGAAGGACAGACGUGGUGUUGUAACCAGAAGGGUCGUGAGGAGGCCAGUUCCUGUUGUGACCCGUCGACGAGUGUACCGAAAAGUUAUCCUGGCGCCAGAUGGCACGGAGAAAGGAGUCGAGGAGAAGGUGGAAGAGCCUUCCAGGCCUGAGGCACCCGUCGAUGACGACAUCGUUGCCGCGCCCAUGGUUGUAGACGAGCAGGAGAGUGUUCCCGACAUGUUCCCAGACGAGCCGGAAGAACCCACGGAAACGGUCACCAGAAGGCAGGUGCACAGACAUGCUGUCCCGAGUGACCGACCUGGAGAGACACGUCCCGACGAAGAGGAGCCAGUGGAAGUUGUUACCAUGCCAGACGGCAGAGUGGUGAGAAAGACCAUCACCAUAAGAAAGAGAAUCGUUCGUAAGAUCAUCGUGUUGCCUGAUGGCACGAGAAAGGAGGUGGAAGAGGAGGUGCCUGUCGAAGAGGAGCCCCGAGAGGAGGUAGUCACACGAAGGGAAGUUCACCGUGCUUACCUGCCCGACCCCUCCAAGGAGAAGAAGAAGAAGCAACCCAAGCCCGUGGAACGCGUGUACGUCACCAGGGUGGUUAGAAGGCCCGACGGCAUAGAGAGCGUUAUUGACGAGUCCGAGACGGUCUAUCCAAUGGAAGUUGCGCCGGAAGAGCACGAGCCUGAAGUCGUGGAGAAGGAGGAGAAGGACCCUAGAGGCGUGGUCAUUCGGCGAGUUGUCAGGAGGCCGGUGAUAGUGACAAGCAAGAGAACCGUGGUGCGGAGAUCUGAAGUGUUGCCGGACGGAAAAGAGAAGGAAAUCGAAAAGAGUGUGGAGGAAAGUCCCGGAACAGAGGAGAAGCCAAAGACGAGCAGACGCAUGGUGCGCAAGGUGGUGGAACAACCCGAUGGCCAGGAGAAGGUGGUCGAGGAGCCUGAAGAUGUGAGUCCGCUUGAAAGCUCCACAACUGAGGAGUCCGAACCUGAAGUGGAGGAGAAGAAGGUGAGAGGCGUUGUGGUGCGUACCGUUCGCAGGAGAUCUGUCACCACCAGCCAGAAGAGGGUGGUGAGAAGAGUCGUGGAACGCAAAGACGGCACACCGGACGCAUCUGAGCCCGUGGAAGACACCAUCGAGGAGCCUGUGGAACCCACCAAGGUGACUAUGGUUAGGAGGACAGUGAUCAAGAGCGACGGCACAACGGAGACUGUGGAGGAGCCAGAGUACGAAAUGCCCGUGGAGGCUGUGCCAACCGUAGAGGAAGAGAAGGACAGACGUGGUGUUGUAACCAGAAGGGUCGUGAGGAGGCCAGUUCCUGUUGUGACCCGUCGACGAGUGUACCGAAAAGUUAUCCUGGCGCCAGAUGGCACGGAGAAAGGAGUCGAGGAGAAGGUGGAAGAGCCUUCCAGGCCUGAGGCACCCGUCGAUGACGACAUCGUUGCCGCGCCCAUGGUUGUAGACGAGCAGGAGAGUGUUCCCGACAUGUUCCCAGACGAGCCGGAAGAACCCACGGAAACGGUCACCAGAAGGCAGGUGCACAGACAUGCUGUCCCGAGUGACCGACCUGGAGAGACACGUCCCGACGAAGAGGAGCCAGUGGAAGUUGUUACCAUGCCAGACGGCAGAGUGGUGAGAAAGACCAUCACCAUAAGAAAGAGAAUCGUUCGUAAGAUCAUCGUGUUGCCUGAUGGCACGAGAAAGGAGGUGGAAGAGGAGGUGCCUGUCGAAGAGGAGCCCCGAGAGGAGGUAGUCACACGAAGGGAAGUUCACCGUGCUUAUUUGCCCGACCCCUCCAAGGAGAAGAAGAAGAAGCAACCCAAGCCCGUGGAACGCGUGUACGUCACCAGGGUGGUUAGAAGGCCCGACGGCAUAGAGAGCGUUAUUGACGAGUCCGAGACGGUCUAUCCAAUGGAAGUUGCGCCGGAAGAGCACGAGCCUGAAGUCGUGGAGAAGGAGGAGAAGGACCCUAGAGGCGUGGUCAUUCGGCGAGUUGUCAGGAGGCCGGUGAUAGUGACAAGCAAGAGAACCGUGGUACGGAGAUCUGAAGUGUUGCCGGACGGAAAAGAGAAGGAAAUCGAAAAGAGUGUGGAGGAAAGUCCCGGAACGGAGGAGAAGCCAAAGACGAGCAGACGCAUGGUGCGCAAGGUGGUGGAACAACCCGAUGGCCAGGAGAAGGUGGUCGAGGAGCCUGAAGAUGUGAGUCCGCUUGAAAGCUCCACAACUGAGGAGUCCGAACCUGAAGUGGAGGAGAAGAAGGUGAGAGGCGUUGUGGUGCGUACCGUUCGCAGGAGAUCUGUCACCACCAGCCAGAAGAGGGUGGUGAGAAGAGUCGUGGAACGCAAAGACGGCACACCGGACGCAUCUGAGCCCGUGGAAGACACCAUCGAGGAGCCUGUGGAACCCACCAAGGUGACUAUGGUCAGGAGGACAGUGAUCAGGAGCGACGGCACAACGGAGACUGUGGAGGAGCCAGAGUACGAAAUGCCCGUGGAGGCUGUGCCAACCGUAGAGGAAGAGAAGGACAGACGUGGUGUUGUAACCAGAAGGGUCGUGAGGAGGCCAGUUCCUGUUGUGACCCGUCGACGAGUGUACCGAAAAGUUAUCCUGGCGCCAGAUGGCACGGAGAAAGGAGUCGAGGAGAAGGUGGAAGAGCCUUCCAGGCCUGAGGCACCCGUCGAUGACGACAUCGUUGCCGCGCCCAUGGUUGUAGACGAGCAGGAGAGUGUUCCCGACAUGUUCCCAGACGAGCCGAAAGAUCAACUUUCGUUCAAGGGUUUUCCUGAGGAGUCUGUUGUUGUUGUUCGUAAAGUGUUACGUGAAGCCGUUAUUAAAAAGGUGACUCCUGUUGAAAGGAGAAUUACUCGUAAGUUAAUGAGGUUGCCUGAUGGUAAGGAUGAAUUAAUAAGUGAAGAGGAAUUGUUGGUGCCUUUGGAGGAGAUUUCAGACACAGUAGAAUUGGAUGAUGUGGAGAAAACAAAGGUUGCUGUUGUAUCUGAGAAAGUGUUCACACGAAGGUUUGUGCAAUUCCCUGAUGGGAAGGAGCGAUGUAUUGAUGAGACAGUGGAAAGUGAACAGAAAAAUGUAGAAAAAACGCCUACUUCUGAAAAAUCUUUUAUCCUGAGAGUUCCUGAUUCUCCCAGUAGUAAACCCAUUGUUGAAGAGCCUUUGGAGAUUAGCCCUCUCGAGCAUUCUCUGUCUGAGCACGAACCAUCAGAGAUUGAAAGGGAGGAAUUGGAUAAAGGUGUCCCUGUGAAAAUUAGUCUGCGAAAGGAAAAGGUAUCUUUGGUAACAGAAUUUGAGAGAAAUAUUGUUAGAAGAGGCAGCAAAGAACCAGUUGUUAUUGAUAUUAUUAAUUAUCCAGUUGAACAGAAACCUGUUGUCACUGAAAAACCUCUUGAAAAGAAAAUUGGCUUAGAAGAACAGGUGAAGCCUCUGUCAAUGCAUCUAGAAUUCGAGGCUCCUUCUGUUGUUAGGGAAGAACAAAACAAUGAUGGCGAAAUUAUACGUAGAGUUGUAAGACGACCUGUUCCUGUAAUCACACGCCGAACAGUUUAUCGCACGUUAGUGGUUACAGACCAAGGACAGGAAAGUGAGCUGGAAGCUAGUCAGGAAGAGCCUCCUGUUAGAAAAGGUGAAUCGGGUGGUAUACUUGAUCGAUUGGUAUCCAGUGUUCUAAAACCUAAAAGUGAUAAAAAAGCUGAAGAUAAAGAAGUGGAAGAAGUUGAAAGACGAGUUACAGAUCGUGUUAUUCUUCAUGAGGAUGGUAGGGAAGAACUUAUUGACCAGUACGAAUUAAUUAACUCUCUUGAUUCCCCGAAAGUUAGAACUGAGCCAGAGACUCAACGUGUUACUGAUUCAAAGGGCAGAGUUGUUAAAACGGUCGUGAUUAGGAAAGUGUAUGUCACAGUUAAAACUGUGGUGGUAAGAAAGGUUGUUGAAAAUCCAGAUGGAACAGAAUCUGAAAUAGAAAAAAGUUAUGAAGAACUUCCUGAUAGCAAGUUCGAAGAACCUCCCUCAACCGAAUCAUCAGUUACUCAUCGUCUUACCCCAGAGGAUGAUCCAAAAGUCAUUGAAGAAAUAGAGGAGAUUUCUCCUUUAGAAUCGUCUUUAAAAGUCGGUGACGAUCGUGAAGUUUUGUCAGAAAAUAAAUUACCAGAUGGUGGUGUUGAAAAGGUUGUUAAACAUAAAAGCGAGGUCACGUCUAAAAAGCUAAUUACCAGAAAAACAGUAGAAUACCCCACCACUACAAAAAAGAGGGAGCCGGAGGAAGACAUCUACGAAGUGCCAUAUGAAGUUGGUUCCACCCCUCUUACUGACAGUGUGGAAGAAAUUAAAGAUCCUAGGGGUAAUAUUGUUAAACGUGUUAUACAAAAACCGAAGCCUGUUCAAACUAGAAGAAUGGUUUAUAAAAAGAUUGUAUACACACCAGAAGAAGCUAAAGAAUUAAAACCAUCUGUAGAAGAUGAUGUUCCCCAGAUGAAAGAUAAAUCUCCUGACAAGAAAGGGGCAAAAGGUGUAAUUAAGCGACCAAAGCGGCCAGAUGAAAAGAAUCCGGAGAAAAAAUCUAAAGGUAAAAAGGAACCAGAGAAAAGCACGUCACCUGAACGGAAAACCAAAGGUCGACCAGAUACUACAAAGAAAUCUCCAGAUGCAAAAAAGAAAAUCAUUGGACGUCCUAAGCCACCUACUGACAAGAGAGACGAGAAAAAACCAGCGAAAGAAAUUGUGGAACCCACUGCUGUAAAUGAUAUACAGUCAGUGCCGGAUUUCCCAGAUGGGGAAGAGCUUGCGCCAGGCAUUCGUCAGAAGCCAAAGAAGAAGGGAACUAACAAAGAUGAUAAAGAAUCACCCAUGCAGGCCAAAGAAACUAGUCCGCGAACAGAAGAUCCAAGAUCCAAAAGGAAACCUGUGGAAGAGAUAUUAGAGCCAACUGCUGUGGAUGAUGUGCAAUCGAUACCAGAUCUUCCAGAUUACGAAGAACCUAUGUCAGGAGAUGAAAUAAAACCAAGAAAACCAAAAUCCAGCAAGGACGAUAAGAAGCCUGAAGAAACUGGUCAACAUCCAACUGAAAAACAACCUGUAGAAGAAAUGUUAGAGCCAACUGCUGUGGAUGGUGUGCAAUCGAUACCAGAUCUUCCAGAUAACGAAGAACCUAUGUCAGGAGAUGAAAUAAAACCAAGAAAACCAAAAUCCAGCAAGGACGAUAAGAAGCCUGAAGAAACUGGUCAACAUCCAACUGAAAAACAACCUGUAGAAGAAAUGUUAGAGCCAACUGCUGUAGAUGAUGUGCAAUCGAUACCAGAGUUUCCCCGCGAAGAGGAACCUAAAGUUGAACCUAAGAAAGGAGACACACGCCCAACAACACGUGGAGAAACACCAGGCAAAAACAUUUCGCCUCAGCGAUCACCGGAAAGAAAACCUAUUUCAACUAAAAAAUCUGAAGUGGAGCCUAAAGGUAAACCUAAGAAAGGAGAUACGCGGCCAACGGCUCGUGAAAAAUCCCCUGGCAAAAACAUUUCGCCUCAGCGAUCACCGGAACGAAAACCUAUUUCAACUAAAAAGGCUGAUGAAGAGGAGCCUAAAGGUAAACCUAAGAAAGGAGACACGCGGCCAACAGCUCGCGCAACAUCCGCUGGCAAAAACAUUUCGCCGCAGCGAUCACCGGAAAGAAAAUCUAUUUCAACUAAAAAGGCGGAUGAAGAGGAGCCUAAAGGUAAACCUAAGAAAGGAGAUACGCGGACAACAGCUCGCGCAUCAUCCGCUGGCAAAAACAUUUCGCCUCAGCGAUCACCGGAAAGAAAACCUAUUUCAACUAAAACAUCUAGCAAACCAAAGGAUGGUAAAAAGAAACCUCAACCACUGGAGGAUGAAGUAAAACCACUAGAGGUAGAGGAAGUACAAGCUGGUGCUCCAGAAUGGGAUCUAACCUUCUCACCACUGAUGACGGAAGAUGAUAAAAAGCGUGUUAGUGAGGAGCUGUUCAGAGUGCCAUCUGUACCAGAUGAUGAAGAGGACAAAUUUGAUGAAUUAAAACCUUCACGAGACACUCUUGUUCCACGUCGUUCAGAAGUUGUGAAAAGUGUGCCAUAUGACGAGAAGAAAAGACAAUCUGUUGAAUUCAAACGUGGUUCUAUUCCCUUGCAAGAAUUGUUUAUUAAACUUGGACGCCAUGAUAGUGGUGUGAGAGGAAUAUGGCAAACUAUUUUAUCUGAUAUUCCAGGUGAACACGUUGAAUAUGAUGAAUUUGUUACUUGGUUGAGCUUUGUUGAACGUGAGACUGCAGGAUCAAAGCUGGUUCCUGGUAAAUACGAGCCACUAAUGAAACAUAAAGAAUUUCAUGAGGGUGUCCAUAAAGAUUUAUUAAAGAAUAAGAAAAUUGUUGAUCAAGUUGAAAAGAUUCGUCCACUUCUUCUUGAUGUUGUUGAAGAAGGCCCAGAUCGGGAACAGGUGACGCAAGAACUAAACGAGCUGACCGCACGCUUUAAAAAGGUAUUUGAUCGCUCUGAAAAUAGAAAGAAAGCAAUUGAUGAAAUGGAGCCACUAUCUGAAGAACACGAGAAUCAAGUUGUUCCUGUCACGGAAGUCAAUGAUGCAGUGGAGGAGGGACUUCAGGUGAAACCAAGAACUGGCGUUGAUUUAAAACGUAUUGAGCAAGAAAUUGAUCGUGUAAAGGGAUUAAAAAAGAAAUUAGAAGACAAUAAACCUACGGUGAGGAAAUUGAAAAAAUCUCUUACAGAGGUCCAAAAACAUCGUACCGACGAGGUAGAUAAAGAACCUGUGGAAGAAGAAGCAACAAAAGCUAUCGAAAAACACGACGAGUUGUGCCAUGAUGUCGCUCAAUAUCUUGACACGCUUGAACGGCAGCAGCAGAAAGCGAAGAAGUUUUUCGACGAUGUUAAUGAUAUUAAAGAUUGGGCGCCAAAGGUAGAAGAAAAAAUAAAGCAAUCAGAACCUAAAUCCAAAGAGCCACAAGAUUUAAAACAAGAGUUAAAGCGUUUGGAUGCAAUUAAAAGCGAGAUUGAAAAGAAGAGACCAAUGUUGUUUGUUAUCGAUGAAAAUGGUCAGUGGUUGCUCCAAAACCUCUAUGUGACCGAUAAAACAGGAAGACGAAAGUCUACUGCAAGUGAAGUACAGCAGCGCCUUGCUGAAAUAACCAAUCUUGUGCACCAGCUCAACGAAGAGUUAAACUCUCGAAGAAGUCGAAUCAAUGCUAUUUUGGCCGAUGCCCUCACCUUUGAAGAUUCUGCUUCUCAAUUUGAUAAAUGGUUGACACCUGUAGAAAAAACCUUGGACUCGCAAAAACCUGUUUCGAUCAAUCCUGACGAACUAAAGAAUCAAGCGCUCAAGCACGAGCCGCUGUACGAAGACAUUUUGCAACACGAGCCUAUGUACAGAUCGUUAGUGCAUUCAGGCCAACUUCUGAUAGAUGGUACCACGGGAAAAGAGAAAAACAACUUCACCAAGAAAGUAAAAGAUUAUACUGAUCGAUACAAUAAGGUUUGUGAACGUGCCAAGGACCGACUUGAUAAAAUUGAGAAGGUGCUUCCCGAUGUUCGCGACCAUAAUAAUAACAACAAGAUCGUUGAAGACGUCAUCAAGCAAAGCGAACCCGUCUUGCAAUCAAUACAACCUGUUGGUAUCCAACCCGUGAAAGGUAGUGAACAAGGAAGGAAAGUAAAGAAUGCAAUCGACUUACUUGACCUGAACGAACCCUCAGUAUCCUACAUUAAAAGAGCUGCCACCAACUUAGAACAAAGUAUACCAGAAAAACAAUUGGCUCCUUUGAAAAAAUUAACCAAGACGAAUGCCGAUAAAUACGACAGCCUGCGCGUGAAGUUAAAAGAAAAAGAUGUUGCGUUAACCCAAGAACUUGUUGAUUCUGAACGAUUUGUGGAGUUGAUUUAUUCUAUGGAAGUUAAACAGACACAAGUAGAAGUUCUGUUCAAGGAGAUCAAGAAGGCUGGCAAAGAUCCUGAUUCAAUUGAUGAAGCAUUGCAAAAGACGAAAUAUGUAAUUGUCAUUAUAGAAGAGAUACUGGAAAUCAUUAUAGUUAUCGAGCAAAUCAUCGUUAUUUUGAAGGGUCGAGCCAAGGGUCAUCCACCAGUUUUAAAAGAAAUUGAUGGUAAAGCAAAUCAAGUAAAUGCUGAAAAGAAGAAAGCCAACCAAACGUUGAAAGCAGUUAAUGACGAGCAGAAGAAAAUGCUGGCCUUGCAGCAAAAUAAUAAAGAAUUAGACACGCAUGUACAAGACAUCAACAGCUGGUUGCCUAAUGUAGAAAGUGAGAUAGUGAAACGAACGCCAGUCUCCGCGAAUUAUGACAUUCUGAAGAAACAACAGGAAGAAAACCAGCCAUUGUAUCAAGAUGUAAUUCAGCACGAGCCUACGGUUAAACACAUCCUGAAAACCUCUCAAGAUAUCUUAAAGGACAAGAAACCAGGUCCAGAACGUGAUGUAUUGGAGAAAGCCACUGAUGAACUUCAACGACGAUGGAAUUACGUGAAUGAUAAAGUACGACAGAGACAUCAGCAAAUUCAAAGAAUUAUGCCACAAGCUCAUGUGUAUAGCAAUGAAGUUGAUCACUUCGAGCCGUGGCUUGAGGACGCAGAAAAACAAGUGAAAGCUCUCCCUGUCAUCAGUAGCAAUCCAGAAGAUCUAACACAACGCAAGCGUGACCUUGAGGAUUUAACUCGAGAGAUUAACCUACAUUCACCAAACCACAAGAAAGUCAACGACACAUCCACAAAACACUUCAGUGUUUGCCAGAAAGAACCUGAAGACGAGCCAGUGUCUGAAAUAGAACAAGUUCAAGCUGAGGUUGAACAUCUAAACACUCGAUGGAACAACCUUACUGCUAAUGUGAAAGAGCUUACAAAACAAUUGGAAAACGUAGAGAAAGAAGUAGUUAAAGCUACAGAAAAAGAAAAAGUUCUGGAAGAUCUCUUUAAGGAGGUUGAGAAAGUCUUAGAUACACAGAAACCUGUCAGCACUAAUCCUGCUACAUGCAAGAAAGAAUGUGACCGUAUCAAGAAUUUGAUAACUGAGGUUGACAAAAAAGAAGAGGACUUAAAAGCAUUAAAUACCUCGGCCGACAAUGCUCAAAAAUUAUUAGAUCAGUAUAAUGGCGACAAAGAAGUGAUCGAGAAAAAACAAUCACAGGCGAACGAAAAGUACAAAAAGAUUCGUUCGAAGCUAACCGAACGACAAGCAGAAUUGGAGGAAAUUGGCGAAAAGGCAGAAGAAUUCAAUGGUGAUUUGAAAAAGACACAGAAAGCCGUCAAGGAUCUUGAUAAAAAGUGGGAGCCACGAUUUAAAAAGCCAAUACCCAAGGACGAGAAAAAGGUUAAGGAUGUUAUAGAAGAGGUAGAGAAAACACUUUCCGAUCUUGCGCAAAAGAAGACCGACCUACAAGGAGAUUAUGCUACUGGAGAUUGGUUAAUCGAGAGAAGUAAGCGAGAUCCGUUGACAGUACAUGAGGUACAAUCACGAUUGGAUGAAGUACAGAAGCCAACAGAUCAAUUAAUUAAGAAAUUAAACGACUACAAGGGACAGCUUGUCAACGACUUGCAUCAGCGCCAAGCUCUUAAAGAGAAGGUCGAUGAUUUGGAUUCUAAACUUCAAGAUAUCGACGAUAGAUUAGUUUAUGUGAAACCCGUCUCUGCUAAAUUUACUGUUGCUAGAGGUCAACAAGAACAGUUUAAGCCUAUCUUCCACGAUGUAAUGGCAUUGAAACCGUUGUAUGAUUCGAUCACAACUGAAGCCAAUGAAGUCUCUAAAGAUCCAAAACCAGAAGACGAGGAAGAUGAGGUUGUUGAAAAGAAACUGCCAGAAGUCACGCAACACUGGGACGACGUUUUAAACACAGUCACUAAAUACAAUAAUCAGUUGACGUCUGUAAUGCCUACCGAAGGCAAUUACCAUUACACUUUGUUGAAAUUCGUCCCCUGGUUAGAAGAUGCCGAAAAGAAGCUGACGGACUUAAAACGAGAUGCCACUAAGAUGGAUGAAAAUGAACUGCCAAAGCAAAUUAAGAGUUUCCAACAAGACGUGGUAAAGAACCAACCAGUUCAUCAAGACUACAAUACAAGCGCAACCAACCUGUUGAAGAGGUGUGGCGAAGUGGAUGUCACUACAGAUGUUCCCUUCAUCAAAGAUGAAGUGCAACACACUAAUGAUCGCUGGGACAAAUUACGAGCUGGCAUUGAUGACGUAAAUAGCGAUUCAGCCAAACUGAACAAAUCAAUGAAAGACUUGCAGAAAGCUCGUGAACCUGUUGAAGAGUGUAUCCAAGCCAUGACUGUUGCUGCAGAUCAUGAAACUCCUGCAAACUUCGAUCUGGAUGGCUUAGAAUUCUUUGUUAACGAAAUGAAUGCUAACUUAGAAACUAUGCAAGAAAAGGAACCUGAGGUGAAAGAUGUUAACAAGAAGAGUGAUGACAUUUCAGCUUUCAUAGAACAGAGAGGAGGCGAUCCUAGUGAUGUCAAACAGAAAUGUGCAGACACUAACAAGCAAUGGAACGACGCCAAAGAGAAAGUCACUGAUAAGAGAGAUAAAUCGCAAAUGUUCUUGAAGCAAAUGGCGCAGUUUGUUGAAGCUGUUGAUGAUUUAGAUAAUUGGGUAAAUGUGAGCACCACUACUGUUACUAAUUUGGGACCAGCCAGUGCCACACCCGAAGGUGUUAAAAAGCAGUUGGAACAAAUUGAUAUUCUCAAAGAUGAAAUCGCUGGCCAGCAGGCUAAAUUAGCAGAAGCUGAAGAAAUCGGGGAUUGGUUGUGUGAUGAAAGUAAAGACAAACCUCAGUUUUGCGCCAAUGUGCAGAAUAAGUUAAACAAAGUAAAGAAACCACUAGAUGAACUACUUUCCGUGUUGUCUGACCGUAAAACACGACUCCACAACGUACUUGUUGCUAGUCAAGACUUUAAAGUGGCUUUCGAUGACUUUGUUUCCGAACUUGAUAAGCUGGACAACAAGCAAACCAAGCAAAAACCAAUCAGUGUUGACUGGAAGACAUUGAAGUUGCAGGAUGAAGAACAAAAAGCUGUCGAAAAGGAAAUUGAAGUGGUGAAACCAAUGUACGAGAAAUUGAUGGCUUCCGGUGACAAGCUGGUCAAAGAAUCCGAAAAGUCCCCCGAACGGGAUGCUUUGGAGUCAGAUCUUGAAGACGCGAAGAAACGUUUCGAAGGUAUUGUUAAGAAGUCAACUGAGAGACGAGAUAUUAUGGACAAGAUUAUUCCUAAAUCUGAGAAGUUCUUUAAUGACGAAGAUGAUAUUUGUGAUUGGUUGGAUGUCAACGAGAAAGUUUUACUGGAGUUGAAUGUUGUUCCAGUAACUUUAGAUGAAGCUACCAAGCUGGACAAAAAGAUAGAUGAGCUGGAUAAGGUAAUAGCAAAGAAAGAACCGGUUUACAAGAGUACUGCAGGAAGCUCUAAAGAUUUGUUAGCAAGUGCUGCCAAUGAAAACGUGGUACGCGAUGUUCCAGAAACAGAGAAACGCAUGGAUAGGGUAACAGAUAGAUGGGAGAAAUUGAAAACUGAAAAGACGAAUAAGAAAGACCGAACCCUGAAGUACAAGACACUAAUCCAGAACUACAAUGACACUGCUGAUCCGCUUAAAGAUGCUUUGGCACAGUUUGAAGACGCGCUAGACAAAAGACCAACAUUUGGAACUGACACUAAAAAAGCAGUGGACGAACUGCAAAGAAUUGAUGAUCUUAUUAGAAAGUUAGACACCCAUGAACCACAAUUAAAGUCGGUUGAUAAAACGAACGACGACUUUGUGGAUCUUGUUGAAACUGACAAAGGAGAUCCAUCUCGCAUCCAAUUCCAAACAGAUAACAUUAAUGACCGAUUUAAGAAAAUUAAGUCGGCUUUGGACGAGCGUAAGAAUGCACUUGAAAAAACGUCACGUGUUUUGGUCCAGUUUAACGACAUCACUAAAGAAAUUGGAGAUUGGUGUGUGGAUACGAAUGAACAAGUUGAUACAUUAGCGCCUGUAAGUAAAGAUCCUGAAGAAGCUCAGAAGCAAAUCAAAAAGAUUGACAAUCUGCUUGAAAACCUGGCUCGACAAAGAACGUCAGUGGUACCUGCUGAAGAAAAUGGUAAAUGGUUAACUGAUAACUGCCUUGAUGAUCGAAACAUGAGACCAGACGUACGAACUGCUCUAUCGAAAGUUUAUACUCCCUUGGAUUCUCUAGAAGCAAAGCUUAAUGAGCGCAAAUCCAAACUACAGAAUGCGAUGAUGCGUGGUCAGGAAUUCGACAAGUCAUUCAACGAUAUUAAUGACCGCAUUAGCUCAUUAGAAUUCCGCGCACAGCGACAAAAACCAGUUUCACCUGUAUGGGAAGAAGUUGCUAAACAACAGCAAGAACAGAAGACAAUGGUGAAAGAAGUUGCAUUAUUAAAACCGUUAUAUGAUCAGUUAAUCAAUUCUGCUGAUAAUGUUAUUAGCGCUCUUGAACCUGGAGAAGAGAAGGAUGUGACAGAACGUAAAGUGGACGAUAUCAAGAAGCAGUGGAAAGAAAUCUCCGAGAACGUGCAAAAACGCGACGAUCUGAUUGAUGAGGUCGAACCUCUCGCUCGCGCUCAUAACAACGAAAAGCAAUCCUUCAACGAAUGGAUUGUGCAACCUGAGAAAACAAUGAAAGAGCUUGAACAAGUGCCAACAACAAGAGAGGAGCAUUUUGCUUACAAGAAAGCAGUAAAAGACUUUUCGGUUGAUGUCGAAAAUCACGUACCUAAACACGAACUUUUGAACGAUACCUUAAGUAAGCUUGCUAAUGUAAUCAAAGAACACCCUGAUGAUACAGGAAGCAUGAGCGAUGUCGAGGAAGAUGUUACUCGUUUGAACAAACGUUGGGACAAGUUGGAUGCACACACGCAGGACUUGAAAGAAAAAGUUGACAAGUUACAAGCAGUCAUCGUUCCAUACCAUGACGACUACAGCAACGCUGAAAAAGUUAUCGAAGAUGUUGAGAAUGCAUUGAAGUACAAACCAACGUUUGGAGUUGAUGCUGAGCAAGGUAAAAAGGAGGUGGACCGUUUAGAUGAACUUCUCAAAGCAGUUGAACAAGCGAAGGAGAAGGUAGACAAGACGUGUGAUGACUCAAAAGAUCUUGAAAAAACCGUGGAUGAAUUGGACGGUGAUAAUUCUCCGGUUAAGGAAUCUACAAAGAAACUUACUAAACGAUUGAAAGACGUGCAGGAUGAUUUGAACAAGCGAAAGGCUGACGUUGAAAAAACGAACAAGGUUUUAGCGCAAUAUUUAACUUCUCUCGAAGAUUUGGGACAAUGGAAUAUGGGCACGACGCAGAAACUUGUUUCUGUCGGGUCUGUCAAACCAACACCCGAGCAAGUUCAACAACAAAUAGAAACAGUUGAUGGUAUAGAGGAAGAUCUCAAACGUACUCGCCCCCGUGUGCAAGCUUUACAAGACGCUGCUGAUUGGCUACUCGAAAACAAUGCAGAUGAUCGUGUUGCAUCCAGCGAAAUUAAAAACAAGCUUGCAAGUGUCUUGAAUCCAUUCAAUGAAUGUGCUGAUAAAAUCAACGAGAAACAGAACACUCUUCGCGCUUCUCUGUUGCAAACGCAAGAGUUUGAAGACACGUAUAAUACUUGUCUGGACAAACUAGCCGAGGCUGAGGUGCGCUUGAAAAAAGAGGAACCGUUGUCUGUAAGAUACGACGUCUUGUGGAAACAGGAUGAAAACUUCAAAGCUUAUGAAAGUGACGUUGCGCAAUUAAAACCUAUUAUCGAACAGGUUGAAAAAGCUGGAAAGAAAGUAAAGGAAGCUACAGAAGACAAGCCAGAGCGUGAUGACAUAGAUCACAAAGUGAAAGAUCUGCUAAAACGGUACGAUGACCUUGAAAAGAAUAUCAAAGACAGGCGUGAAAACAUCGACAAAUUAUCGCCAGUUGCUAAAGAAGAGGAUGUUAGUCAAGAUACCUUUAAACCCGUUUUAAAAGAUCUUGAAGAAGCAUGCGAUGAUUUAAAGAGUGUUCCUGAAACGCUACAAGAGUGUGAGAAACAACUCGCACAAGUUAAGGAAGUUAAAGACGAUAUCGAAUCUGCUAAACCAAAACACAAGGAUCUUAAUGUCAAGUAUGACAAAGAAAUCGAUGUGGCGAAGAAACUACCCGAGGAAGUGGCUGACGAAUCUGUCCUAGCAGAGGAAAUUGAGGAUUUAAACAAACGCUGGGAUGCUCUUCAAGCUAAUGUAAAAGACAAGCAAGAUGAAGUCACCAAACUCCACUACAGCUUUGUGAAAUAUCACGAACAAGAAAAACCAUUAGAAGAGGAGAUCAAGAAAUAUGAAGAGUUCCUAGCUCAGGAGCAACCAUUUGGUUUGGAUCCUGAAGAGGGUAAAAACACACUAAAUAAAGUAGAUGAGCUACUUCGUGAUGUAGAGAAAUGUGGUCGAAAGAUGUCGGACACAAAUAGGUGCGGUAAAGAUUUAGCUGACCAAUUAGAAGCUUCUCAUGCUGACCCAUGGCCAGUCAAUGCCCAGCUGUCAGAUUUGAACAGAAGAUAUGACGACGUGAAGAAGCAAUUGCAAGAUCGCAAGGAAGAUGUAGUCGACCAAGUGAAAACCGUUGAUCAGUUCUUAGAUGACAUAAAAUCUGCUGAGGACUCCCUUCAGGACCUUACCGAUAAGUGUGAUCAAUUGGAACCUGUCAGUGUGGAACCUGAGGUUGUCAAGGAACAGCUUGCAGAAGUUGAAGCCUUACUUGAUGAUGUUGCUAGUCAAAAACCUAAUCUUCAAGAUGUUGAUAAUUUGAGUGAAAAGGUUUGUCGAAACAACCCAGACGAUUUCUCCAUCAAAUCUGACGUGAAAUUCAAAGUAAAUAAAGUAAAGGAACCGUUGGAUCGUAUCAACGCGAAAUUAGUCGAAAGAAAAGAUAAACUUCAAAAAAGACUAGUUAGUUCGCAAGAAGUCCAAGAAACGUUGGAUGAUUUUGAUGACAAAUUGAAGAACAUUGAGAAAACUCUUUCAAAAUUCAAACCAGUUUCUGCCCGCAUUAACACUGUGAAGAAACAACAACUUGCAACCGAUCAACUUUAUGAUGAAGUUUCUCAUCUAAAACCAAGCUUUGACCUUCUUGAGAAGACAGCUAAUAAAGUUUUAAAGGAUUCUGAACCGAAAGAACGUGAACAAUUGGAAAAGAAGAUUAAUGACUUGAAGAAUCGUUGGGAAGAAUCUAAGGAUAAAGUCACAGAUCGUAAAAACCUGAUUGAGAAGGUUGUCCCUCUUGCGCAGGAUUAUGAUGAGCGUGAACAACCCUUGGCUGAAUGGGUGGGUGAGACUGAGAAGCUUUUGACACCAAUCACUGAUGAUAUUGUCAUGGAUGGAGAUGUGCUUGAAGAGGAACUUGAUAAACUAAAGGCAAUCAAGAAAGACAUUGAGAAUCACAAGCCUGGCAUGAAAUCCGUUGAUGACACGCACAAACCUCUCGUGGAAGCAGCUGAAGACGAUACUGAUGAUGUGAAAGAUGAAGUAGACUCCAUCACCGAGAGAUAUAACAAACUGAAAGCCGAUAUUGAUGAAAGAUGGGAUAAAUACUCUGCAUUAAAAGACAAAUUGAAUACAGUUGAAGAGCAAAUAGCACCUGUUGAGGAGACUAUAACCUGUUGUGAGCAAGCUUUGGAUAAUCAGGAACCUGUAGGUUUGGAUAAAGAUAGAGCGAAUGAACAACUGUCGGAACUUGAUGAUCUCCUGAAGAAUCUGGAUGAUAAAGAAGACGACAUCAAGAAGGUAGAAGCUGUCAACGAAGAGUUAAUGCAACAACCAGGCGUCGACACUGAAAGAUUGAAGAAAAAAGUCAGUGAUUUGAAAGAUAAACAUGCUAACGUAAAGGACAAUGUGAAAGACAAGAAGAAAAAACUGGGUGAUUAUAUCAUCUACAUCGAAGAGUAUUAUAUUAUCAUCGAAGAGAUCACGGAGUGGGUUGUACUAACCAAGAAAAAUCCAGCUUUCACAGAACCUAUCAGUACUGAUCCAGACACAUUGAAAAAGCAGAAAGAAAAAAUAGAAGGCAUACAAGAUGAGCUCAUCGAGAAGAAACCUAAGGUCGAUCGUGCCAAAGAAAUUAUGGAAGAGAUCGUCGAAGAGUGUAAAGAUGAUUUCACUGUCUGCACUGAAGUUUCGACUACUUUCGAAAACGCGCGAAAACCUAUGGAAGAGAUCGAAACCAAGAUUGACUCGCGUUUGAAACGAUUGCAAGAAGCUUUAGCUACAUCGCAGAAGUUCCAAGAUUCGUUUGAUGAUUUCUUAGAUAGCCUAACACACCUUGAGGAAAGAAUUGAUAAAGAAAAGCCUGUUUCAGCUAAAUUGGAUACUGUGAAAGAACAGAAAAAAGAGCAUGCGCAAGUCCAUAAUGACGUCAUGCAAUUGCAGCCGGUGUUUGAACGAAUCACAAAAGCAGCGGAUGAACUGAUUGAAACGUCGGAACCAGGCGAAGACAAGGAGAAUUUGAAGAAGCGAGUGGACGACUUUAAGAAAACUUUUGAAGAAAUGAAGAAGAAGUCUACAGAUCGACAAAAGAAACUCGCAGAUGAGGUGACUUCCACACAAAAGUUCGAAGAUGAGGAGAAGCCAUUCAAGUCAUGGUUAGACACAACAGAAGCUAAAAUUUCCAGCAUGGAUCCAGUGGGUUGUGAGGAGAGCACGAUUGCGCGCCAGCUUAAAGAUUUGAAAGACUUACAACGUGAAAUUGAAGAAAAGAAACCGAAAUUGGAUGAAAUUGAGAAAGUUGGUAAUUCCGCCAUUGAAAAUGCUGAUGUCGAUCAAGCAGUUGUCAAGGAUGAGUUGGAAGACACAAAAGAAAGGUAUCGCAAACUGAACGCUGAUCUAAAAGAACGCGAAGACAAAUUGAAUGAACUUCUACCAGUCGCACAAAAGUACAAAGAACAGUUGAAGCCGAUCGAUGAAUUGUUUGAUAAAGUUCAACACUGCGUUUCAUGCUCCACCCCGGUGUAUGGUAUUGACGAAGAUAAGAUCUCCAAAGAACAGGAUAAAGUCAACGAACUUGUGAAAGAGUUCUCUGAUGUCUUACCCAAGGUGAAAGAAUUUAACGAUACUGGUAAAACACUGACAGAUAAAGGCGACGAAGAGUCUCCUGAACAACCCGCAGUGAAAAAACAAGUGGAACAUACUAACGAUCGAUACAAACAACUUCGUGAUCAGUUACACGAGACCUCUGACAAACUGAACGAUUACGCCAACAAAGCGAAAACGUACAACUCUGAGAAUGUUGAUUUUGGGAAUUGGUAUGACAAGAUUAGCAAGACGCCAUCAAUUGUUGAACCGAUCGGAACUGAACCUGAGGUGAUUCGCAAACAACUUCGAGAAGUGGAGGCUGCGCAGGAUGAAAUCACUCGAAAGAAACCUGUGCUGGAAGACAUCAAAGACGCCGGUGAUUGGUUGGUUCGAAAUAACCGUCAAGAUAAUGCGUUGAAAGACGAUAUCGGCAAGAAAACCGACAACAAUCAGGAGAAGUAUGAUAAGCUGGCCACCAAAGUUGAAAUUCGGCGCGACCGAUUACAGAAGGCCCUUUCAAAAUGCCAAGAGUUCCAAACAAAUUUUGCUGACUUCACCAAAACCGUUGAUGAUCUUGAAAAACGACUCGACGAGGAAGAGCCUUUGAAUGCUCGUUUGGAACCGUUGAAGAAACAAAAAGAAGAGCAUGAGUUGGUACAUCAAGACUUAGUGCAAACGGAGCCUGUGUUUGAACGUAUCGUCGAGAACGGUAAUCAUUUGUUAGAUGAGACCGAACCGGGAGCCGAAAAGGAAGCUCUGCAACAACGAAUUGACGACACAAAAAAGAAAUGGGAAGAAGUCAAGGAUAAAUCAUAUAAGCGCAAAGAUGACAUCGACAAACUAUAUCCACUUGCGCAAGCUUACAAUGACGAUUACGUCACUUUCAGCGUUUAUUUGCAGGAUGCGGAAAAACGAAAGGACAAUCUAAAGCCUGUAUCUGCUGACCAGGAGGAAAUUUUAAAACAAUUGGAAGACAUCAAGGAAUUCCGAAAAGAUGUUGACGACCACAAGCCAAUGUAUGAAAAUUUCAAAGAAGUCAACAAUCCUGUCUUCGUGACCUGUAAAGAACUUGACAUCACAAAUGGGUUACCUGAGCAGCAAGACGAAGUGGAUGCCGUUGAUGAACGUUGGAAGAAGUUAAAUUCCGAUCUUGAUGAAAGAGAGAAGAAUUGUGAGGACGUUCUAAAGAAAUUAGCAGACUGUUCCGAUCAGUUGAAACCACUUGAAGAAUUAGUCGAAAACACACAAAACCUUGUGAAGUCACCAGUAUUGUUUGGAGCAGAUUUGGAGAAAGGAAAAGAAGCUAAAGAAAAAAUCAAGGGAUUGAAAGAUGAUUUAGAAAAGAAGAAACCAGAACUUAAAAAGCUAAAGGAAGAUAUUCCUAAACUUGUUCGUGAAAGUGGAGCUGCGCCUGAACCUAUUGAGGAAAAGAUAACUGCUUUAACUCAACAGGUAGAUGAGUGUGCUCUUAAUUUGGACGACUUGGACAAACUAGUUGAUGAUCAGUUAGACAAAGCCAAGGAGUUCAAUGAUGCUUGUGAGGAUUUAAAAACAUGGCUACCAGAAGCUCAAGAGUCACCUGCUAUAAAAGAUCCCGUUUCAUCUGAACCAAACGAUAUUUUGAAACAAAUAGACGAAAUUAAGGCUCUGGAGGAAGAAAUUGUAAAACGUCGACCACAAUUGGAAACUGCUCAGAAGACAGCUGCAGAGUUGCUGGAGGCGAACAAGAACGAUCCCGAAGCUUCUGCCGCUAUUGUUGAACAAUUAAAUAGCGUAACUCUCCCCUUCUCUGAUCUUGUCAACAAAUUAGAAGAUAAACAGAAGAAACUGUCGACGAUCAAGAAAGCUUUAGAUACUUACAACAAAGAAAAACAACCUCUAGAGGAGUUCAUAACUGCUACCGAACAGAAAGUUGAUCAACUUGAACCUUUCGGAUUAGAUGUGGAAAAGGGCGACGAACAACUUGCUGAAUUAGAUGAUCUUGUUGGUACCCUCGAAAAGAGAAAACCUGAAUUAAGGGCUGUUAACAGAGCUGGUCAGACGUUGAUAAGACAACUUGAUAGCCCAGACGAGAUCGAAAAAGAACUGGAUCAACUUAGCGAUAAGUACUAUGAGGUUGUGGACAAGGUUAAAGAGAAGCAAAAUAAUAAGAAAGAAAACUUGCAGAAAGUAAAACAUUUCCUCGAAAUAAUCGUUAUCUUAGAAGUUUACAUUGAAGAAACAAUCAUUGUAAUUGAAAAAUUCGAUGUAUCUGGAACAGAACCAGAGGCUGUGAAGAAGCAACUAGAAAAAGUUGAUGAAAUGCGAGAUGAUCUUCGAAAACAUUCACCCGAACUUAAAGAGGCGGGUGAUAUCAAGGACUGGUGUCACGAAAACCUUAAAGAACAUCCAAAGGUGCUCGAGAUGGUCGAUGAACGUAUGGAAAAAGUACAAGUACCGAUGGAAGAAGAAAUUCCAACUAAGUUAGAUGAACUGGAGAAGAAACUGAAAGAUUCUCUUGCGUCUUCCAAACAAUUUGUUGAUGACACUGAUGAGAUCGAACGUUGGUUGACGAAAAUGGAGAAAACACUAGAAGAAGAAAAACCAAUCUCUGCCGACAAAGACACGAACGCGCGUCAAGUUAACGAUCACAAGUACGUCGUUGAGGAGGUUACUGCACGUCAACCUAAGUUAGAGAAACUAUUGGAGGAAGGACAAGACCUGCUUAAGCAAGCCGAACCAGGCGACGAGAAGAAGGCUUUGGAGGAUAAAAUUGAUGAUAUUAAGAAACGAUGGGAAGAUGUGAAAAAGAAAACGAACGACCGAAAAGACAAGCUGGAUGAAGUUGAGGAUCUUGCAACAAAGUUUGAUGACAACAAAUCCAAAAUGCUUCCUUGGUUGGAAGAUAUGGAGAAGAAAGCAGAGCCCCUUGAUUGCAUCUCUGUUGAUCCUGAAGAGCUUUCGAAACAGCAAGACAUCAUCCUUGAAUUACUGGACGAGCUAGCCAAACAAAAGCCUGUUUACGAGGACUUCACAUCCUGCGGCAAACCCUUAUCAGAGAAACCUGAUACAGACAAGGAACCUGUCAAAGAAUGUGUAGAUGACGUAAAAUCUAGGUUUGAUGAGUUGCAGAAAAAACUCAAAGAAGCAGAUGACAAGUCUGAAAAGAUGAAGAAGGGAAUUGAAAGCUUUGAAGAAAAACGAAAACCGGUUGAAGAAAUUUGUGAACAAGCUCAGUUUGCUGUUGACGAGCAACAACCUGUUGGAGACGAUCCAGUGAAAGCUCAAGAAGAAGUAGAUAAGUUGAAGAAACUUUUAGACGAGCUUGUUGCUAAUAAACCAGGCGUCGAAGACGUUAAGAAAGCUGGCAAUGAGCUGAUUAUUGUCGAAGACAAACCCGACAACGUGACAGCAGUUAGUCAAAUAACGGAUGCUUUAGCGAAAAAACACGAGGACCUGAUCGAUAAAUUGAAAGAGAAAAUCGAUAAAUCUGAUAAAGCUAAUGAUUCUGUCAAGAACUUUAACGAUAAAGUAAUGGAAACUAAAGAUAAAACAUCUCCUAUCGAGGAGAAAGCUGGACAGCUUGAACCGAUCGGUGCCACUCCAGAAAAAGUGAAAGAACAACUCAUUGAAUUAGAAAAAUUGCAAGCUGAAUUGCAACAAGCGAAUAAUCUCUUCAAUGAAGCUGAAAUGUAUGGCAACGAAAUAAUCGACUUUAACGAAGAUGACCCAGAUGUAAAGAAGGAUAUCCAAGACAAACUUGCUGAGAGGAAGAAACCGCUCGAUAAACUUGCAGAAGAGUUAAAUGCCCGUGAAGAAAAAUUGAAGGAGAAAUUGCAAGAAUGUGGAGCGUUGCAAGAUCAAAUCGAUGAUUUCGUUCGACGUGUUAAAAAUCUUGAUGAUCGUAUCGAUGAACAGGAAAAGAAACCGUGUUCGAUGAAACCUGGUCAAAUGAGUGUUAUCAUGGGUGAUUUAGAGAAUAUCGAGAAAGACAUUGGGGAUGAGAAACCAGUGUUUGAAGGUAUCCUAGAAAAUGGCAAGAAGUUGCUAGAUUCCAUUGAGUCACCAAUGGAGAAGGAUGCCCUACAAGCGAAACUCGAUGAGCUUACAAAGUUGUGGGAUGACACUGGUGAUAAAUUCAACAAAGAGAACGCUAAAGAAGGUGAUGUCUUAGACAAAACAAAAAAACUGGACGAUAAGAUGUCUGAUCUUGAGAAAUUCUUGGAUGAUCAAGAAAAGAAACUUCGAGAUUUAGAGCCAGUCGCCUGUUCACCUGAAAAAUUAGAUCAACAACAAAAAGAAAUCAAUAGCUUACAAAACGACACAAAAUCUAAGAAACCAAGUUUAGAGGAGAUCGAGGAACUGAUAAAAGAAUUACAACCAGAAUGCACUGAGAAUGCACCUGAAGUGUUAGAACGGCUUGAUAACUUGAAGAAACACUUUAAUGAAGUCGAAAAGCUUGGGGAUGAUCGUCAGUCCGAGAUAUCAGAUGUUCAAAAGAAGGUGGAAAAGUUUGACAGUGUUGCAAGACCAACAAAAGAAAAGAUUUCGAAGAUUGAAAAAACUCUACCAGAACUUUCCUUGUAUGGAGCAGACAAACCAAAGAGUUUGGAAGUUCAAACGGAAUUACAAAAGCAAAUGAAAUUGGUUGAUGAUCUUCAAGCUAAAGUUGACGAUCUCGAAGGUAUUGCGAAAGAUCUCCAAGAGCAUCACCCCACUACUGAUUCCAAACACUUGCGCAACGAAGCUGAUGAGGUAAAAGAAAGACUUGAUAAAUUGAAGAAGCAACUCAGUGAAAAGACCGACGAAGUGGAUGGUGUCAUCCGUGAUUGGGACGAACUUGAAAACGAUGUAAAGAAAGCUGUUGAAACAGUCAAGAAAGCAAACGAUGACGUCGAAAAUAACAAACCAGACAAAUUCGAUCCUGAAGAGUUAGCUUGUCAAGUUGAGAACAUAAAGGCUGUCGAAGCUACCCUAGAUGAAAGCUCUCCACUGUUUGACGACAUUCAAAAACGUGGUCGUAAAUUACGAGAGAAGGGUAUUGGUGCAGACACGUUCGGUGAUCAAUUGUCAACAGUAGAUAAUCGGUUGCGAAACGUACAACGCGAUAUUCCAAGCCGUACAGACGAACUAGAGAAAUUAAAAGAUCAACUAAACGACUUCAAUGAAAAAUUAAAAGAUGCGGAGGGUGAUAUGGACGUUGUGGAGAAGAAAGUGGAAGAACAGAAGCCUGUUGGUGGAGAUAAGGAAACUAUCGAUGCUCAAAUUGGUGAUUUGAAAGACCUGGUUGCUGAAUUAGACAAGCUGCAAGAAAAAGUAACAGCUUUGAAUGAUGUCAGAUCUGAUCUGAAAUCUAAAUACCCUGAAGCAGAUAGCAGUAAGGUUGAUGAGCCAUUAGAUAAGCUGAACGAAAGAUUGGCAGAUGUCAAUCAAAAAAUAUCUGACAGACAAGGCAAAUUAGACGAUGCGUUGGUAAACUGUGGUCAGUUUAAUGAUGCUGUUCAAUCUCUACUGGGAUGGCUUGGAGAGACUGAAGAGCUGCUCGACAAUCAAAAGCCUGUUUCUGCUGCGGAUCAAAAUGUAUUGAAAGCUCAAAUACAGGAGCAAAAACUUCUAACAAGAAUGUUCGCCGAUCGUGAACCAAGCGUCGAGAAUCUUAAAAAGAGUGGUGAAGAACUUCUCGCUACAACUGAAGAUGAAGACAAAAAGGCUGAAAUUCAAGAAGACCUUGACAAAGUAACAGCGUUGUGGGAUUCACUGAAAGAUCGUGUCAAUGAUAGGCGAGAAAAACUUGAUGAUACCCUUGUUGCAGCAGAGAAAUUUAAUACAGAUCUGGAUGACGUUUUGAGCAAGCUUGAUGACCUUGACAAGAAAGUGAAUUCAGACGAGAAUGUUCCAUCAGCUGACAAAGCCAAGGUUGAUGAACAGGUUCAAAAGAUGAAGGGGUUGAAUGAUGAAGCAAAACAAAUUGAAGAACCUAUUCAAGCCGUGCUUGAAGAUCUGCAACAUUUGGAGCCUUUCUGCACACCAGAAGAACAAGCCGUGGUACAAGAUAAAUUUGCUAAGCUCAACCAAAAGUUCGACCGUUUGAACGACGACGUGCAAGACAAAGAACAGACAUUAGAACAAGCACACGAUUUAUUGGAAGACUUCUACAAUAAGGAAAAAGAAUUGGAUGAUUGGAUGGAUACUGUUGAAAAGGAUCUCGCUGAAAAACAACCUAAUGGUGCCGAGGCAGAAAAGAUUAAGAAAAUCCAGAAGGAUGUUGUAGCACAUAAACCUGAUGUUGAAAAAUUGAAAGAGAUUGCUAAAGAAUUGAAGAAAGUAGUAAAGUCUGACGAAUAUCCAGAAUUGAAAAAAGUUGUCGAAGCUGUAGAAGAGAAGUACAAGAAACUGAAAGCUGAUGUCGAUGAGAAAGCACGUGAUAUGUUCAUGGCGAAGGAGAAAGUUGACGCGUUCGAUAACAAUCUUGAUGAUUUGAACAAAUGGACUAAUGACAAACUGAAUGAACAACGCGUAAUGGAACCUGUCUCUGUUGAACCAGAGAAAAUCAAAGAACAAAUGAACGAACACAAGACAUUCACCGCUGAACUUAAUGGUAAAGAACCAGAAUUUAAAGAAGUGUAUUCUUUAGGUGAAACAAUCUUGAUGGGAUGCAAUGAAGAGGAAGCGCCUGAAGUCAAAGAUAAGAUCAGCAACUUAAAGUUUAACAAACAAAAAUUGGAUAAGGCGACUGACCAUAGAAACACUCAGUUAGUAGAGGGAUUAAUACUUGCUCUACAGUUCUCUGACGUACAUAAAGAUGUUGAAGGCAGACUUACCAACACUGAAAACCUGUUGAAACAAGUUGACGAAGAGAAAGGUCGAGGUGUAGAACUUCAAAAGGAGAAACUUCAAAACAUUGAAGAUAACAUCAAACAAUUACAACCGCAGAUGGCUACGUUAGAGAAAACUGGCACUGAUUUAAUCGGUAUCUGUGGUACUGGACAAGGUCCAGAUAGUGUGCAAAAGAAAAUGGACGAUUGCAAGGAAAGAUGGGAAGCUUUGAAAGUAGCUAGUGAAGAUAAAGGCAUCACUGUAGGUGCUGCAGCUGAACAAGUGGAAGCUGUGUGGGGCGAUGUUGAAAGCCUUAUAGAAAAGAGUCAAGCUAUAAAGGAAGAGUUUAAGCAGCAAAAACCUGUACCAGUAACAGAAGAACCAAUUGCCGAAGAAUUCAAGACGCUUGAAGAACAAGAGAACAAACUUAAAGAUCUUGAGGAGCCGAUAAAUGCUGUCAACAAAUCGAUCGACAAUCUUUUAGAAGAAGAUCCGAAAUCACCAACAUCCACUGCAUUAAAGGAUAAACAACGUAAGCUUAACAACUUAUCCAAGUUCAAUGUUGGUGCUUCCACCGAUCGUCGUAAGGCUUUAGAAAGCAGUGAUGAUGCUGCGAAGAAAUUCUGGCCAGGAGUUGAAAAACUGAAAGACACUUUAAUUGAUGUUCAAGCUAAAAUGGACGACCAGGGAGAACCAGGUAUCGAGCCUGAAGCCAUUGCUGAAAUGAUCAAAGAACAUGACGACUUACAUACCGAGUUGGAAAGCAAUGAAGAUGUGAUCGCUACUUUGGCUGAAUGCACGCCUGUUCUUGUGUCUCAAGCAGCACAAGAAGACAAGAUUAAGGUACACAAGGAGCUGUCUGAAGUUACUGACCAAUGGGAUAAUUUGGAGAAUGCAUGGAAGAAGAGAAGAGAUGAUCUGCAACAAGUUAAAGAUCUCGCAGAAGAAUUCACUAAAGACAAAGAUCACGUUGAAGAAUGGUUAACAGAAGCUGAAGAAACGUUGAAGCCUUACGCUGAGGUACCGGCUGACGUCGGAGAAUUAAGAGACAACUUACGGAAGUUAAGAACUUAUCAUCGCGAUUUGUCGAAACGACAGCACGAGAUCACAAAAUUAAACCAGAAAGGUGAAACUUUGGCUGAGAAAGUCAACGAAGACGAUUCACAGAAUGUUCGUGACAAGGUAGAUGAAAUUGAGAAACGUUGGGAAGAUUUACUCGAUAAGUCAUAUGAUGAACAACAGAAACUUGAAGACGCUUUAAUCGAGCGUGGUCAAUUCGGUGUUGCUAUUGACGAACUGUUAGUCUGGGUUGAUGAGACAAAAACAAACCUGACCUCAGAAGAAGAAGUACCAAAAGACAAGAAGUUGAUUGAAGUCGAAUUGUCGAAACUGAAGAUAAUUGCAAACGAUGUCAAGUCGCAUAAACCCAGUGUGACCAGUUGUCAAGAAGCCGCACAAAAGUUGGUAGACGAAGACAAGGCUCAACCUGAACUAAAAUCCAAACUUGAAGACCUGACUAAAGGUUGGGAUGAAAUCCAAGAAUUGUUAAAAGAAAAAGAAGAUGGCCUUCAAAAUGCUUUUGAUGAAUCGAGAAAGUUCCAAGGACAAGUUCGUGAGUUAAACAUCUGGUUAAGUGAAGCCAAAACCUUCUUGAAAUCAAAAGCUCCGAUCGGCGCGAAAUCCGAAACCGUGGAAAAACAACUGGAUAAACAUAGGGAGUUUGUAAAAGUUAUUGAGGUACGAGAAGAGGUGUACAUAUAUAUCAUCGAGACAUUUGAAAUCCUUAUUAAAUCUAGCGACAUCAGUGGCGCACGAGUUCUGGAGAAAGCCCAAGAGGAGAUUAAAACAUCAUGGUCUGUUGUCUCAAAAUUGUCUCAAGAGAAGUCGGACAAACUUGAAGACGCACUUGAAAAUUCUCGUCUUUUGGAAAGUUUGAUUUCAGAACUGGAGGUAUGGGUUGUGAGGGUGGAAGGAAAUAUAACCUUGUUUUCUGAUGUCAGCACCAUCUAUGAAACCAUCGUUGUGGAAAUGAAAGAUUUUGACGAGAUUUACCAGGAAGUUUCUGACAAACGAGAAGAUUUCCGUACCGUCAGAAAAACAGCUGAUAAGGUGAUUGAGAAUUGUACAGCAGAAGAAGCGAAGGAGGUCAACCACGAGAUCGAUGACCUCACUGAGAAAUGGAAGGGGGUCAACGGUAAACUCAAGACGCGCAAGAAGAUUUUGGACGAUAACUACAACGAAUCUAAAAUAUUCUUUGAAGGUCACGAACAAUUAAUGACGUUCCUUGAUGACGUUGAGAAUAAGAUCAAUAGCGAUUUAUCAGUCGGAAAAGAUGCUCCAUCCGUAAAAGCUCAGAUGAGAAAACACAAGGAAUAUCAAAACGAGCUUGGAAAGAAACAAUCCAAAUUUAACGCAACUGUUAAAGCCGGCAAAACUCUUGUUGAUAAGAGUCAACCGCAUGAAGUGACCAUCAUUGAAGAAAAAAUCACUGUUUUAUCUUCUCGCUGGGACGUUGUGUGUCAUGUUUCUGUCGAUAGGCAACAUCAACUUGAAGAAGCAUUGCUCUUCCAUGGAAUGUUUCACGACGCUGUGCAAGCCCUUGUGGAUUGGAUCGACACAGUCGAGCCAAGUUUGCUUAGCGAGACAGCUGUUAUGGGAGACGUUAACACCGUAAAGUUGUUAAUCGAUAACCACAAAGCUUUCCAACGUGAUCUUGCAAAACGAGAGAAGAACUAUGAGUCUAUUGUAAAGACUGGAGAAGCGAUGUUGGAAGAAGGAAAAGUCGAUGAUGUUGAAGCUUUAAAGGAGGAACUAGACAAUCUAAAGAACCGAUGGGAAAAUGUAGGACAAGCUUCUGUAACUAAACAGGAGCGCUUGCAAAACGCUUUCACUCUUGCGAAGGAAUUCCAAACUGGUGCAAAAUCAUGCUUAGAUAACAUAAAUUCUUUGGAAGAUGAACUAAAGGGACAAGGUCCUAUUGCAGAAGAUGCUCCUGGCAUUAAGAAGCAGCAAGAAGAAUUUAUUGUUUUUAUGGAAACAUUGGAAGAAGAAGAAGUGCGUGUUAAUACUUUGUUAAAGAAAGGAGAAGUUAUUCUCAGGUUCUGUCACCCGUCAGCAUUAACCACAAUUCGACAUCACAUAGCAGUUGUUAAAAAGCGAUGGAAUGACAUAUCUGGUUGGGCGAAACAACGCAAAACUAGACUCGAUGAAGCUCUUGAGCAACUACUGGAAGAGGAGAAGUUGUCGGCGUUGCUUUUAGAAUGGCUUACUGAACAGGAGGAUAUUUUAGAUCAGCGGGAAAAAAUUCCACUUCCUGAUGAUUAUAAUGUACUCACAGAACUGCUUGAAGAACAUAAGUUAACUCAAGAUGGUGCUGAGCAGAAACAACCAGACUACAACAAGAUCACUAAAAACGCCAGAAGAAAACCGUUAACUGACCGUCAACGUCGAGCAAUGUCAGCUGCUUCUCGUGGACGACAAGAUCCAAAUGCUUCAAAGAGAGAUUUUUUCAACCCAAUGGUUUCACAGCUGUCGAAAGGUUGGCAACGCUAUUGGUUAGUGCUUAUGGACCGCAACAGACGUCUUCAAGAAAAACUAGACCAAAUCCGCAUUCGCAAAGCCGCUGCGGAGUUUAGCUGGGAUGAAUGGAAAGACCGCUUUAAUGGCUGGUUGCGUGAAUCUAAAUCAAGAGUUCUUGACAUGUGGCGAAAGAAUGACAACGAUAAGGAUAACAAACUUACUCGCGAUCAGUUUGUGCAUGCAAUAGACGAUACUUCUUUCCCUGCGGAACGAUGGGAGAUUGAACUUGUGUUCGAUCAACACAAACGUCAUAUUCUUAUUACGUAUCAAGACUUCAUGGAUGCUCUGAAAGGACGAAAACGCAAGCCUGAUAAACCGCUGACCGAAGCUGAACAAAUUCACGACAUCAUUGGCGCAGAAGUCUCCAAAUGUUGUUGCGCGGAGAUGUACAAGAUGGAAAAGGUUGGAGAAGGAAAAUACAAGUUUGGAGACAUGCAAAAAUUACGUUUGGUACGUAUAUUGCGAAGUGUGGUGAUGGUUCGUGUUGGCGGUGGAUGGGAAACCCUAGCUGAAUUCUUAGAUAAAAAUGAUCCCUGCAGAGCUGAAGGACGAACAAACUACGAGCUUCGAGAGAAAUUUAUCAUGCCUGAGCACGCCAGUCAGGGUAUGCAAGCCUUCAAAUCAAAUUUCGGAAAGAAAGAACCUUCCAUGACACGAGAUCGUCCUUCCGUAUCAAGAGAGGGCUCAAGCUCAGGUAUUCCUAGAAGAAUUACCCGAGAGAAAUCUGGUGGUGAUAUAAAAGGUGGUCGUCUUUCUGUACCAGGCAUGACGAGAAAGAAAUCUGAUUUAGAUAGGGAAGGCAGGAAUAUACCAACUUACAAAUCUAAGGAUUACUCUGGUGUGAGAGGUAGUGGAUAUGGCGCGUCUCCAAAGAAAAAGAGUCCAAGUGCAGAUUCGCCUAUGACUAGAACACCUUCACAACCUAAAAUAAGUCGUGAACGAUCUGGUGACGUCUACUCUAGGUUGUAUGGAACACCCAAAACAACAGCUGGAAAAACUACAGCCACGCCUCGAACCUCUACCAGUACCGCAUCAAAAAGCGCUACCCCAAGAACUUCUAGUGCAAAAACGCCUACAAAAUCCGCCGUCCCAAGAAGAACGUCAUCUUCUAGUACUGACAAAGAAACCAAGAAAAGCACUUCCACCAAGGAACCAGCUGUACCACGUGUCUCCGUGACAGGAACAGAUGGUUCUUCUAGUCCACCAAAAGGUGCAACCACCAAACCCCGUACAGGAGGUGUUUUCGAACGGUUAACCACUCAAGGUACAGCCACCAAGAAAGGAGUAGCAAAGAAAGGAACUGACGCUUCUACAAAAACAGACGGAGCAACGAAGAGAAGGACGUCGACCAAAAAAUAGAUUCGCGAGUUACGUGAACGCGCGAGUUACGUAAACGCGCUACAAAACUAAACGAGUCUUUCUGAAGAAAAAGAAGGACGAAAAUAAACAUUAAAAGACAACAAAAAAUAACAAUAUUAUAAACGAAAUUUACAUUCAUUUGUAACUUCUUAGGAUAUUUUUAAAACUUAGUCUUUGAAACAGAUUUCAAUUUAGUUUUUUUUAAAACAAACAAAAGUGCAGCCAAUCCUUGGUCGCCAUGAAUGAAAAAAUUCUGUUAGUUCAUACUUACGUUGUGUUUCAAAUUUAGUUGUUUACAAUUUCGUAAAAUUAUUUUUUUGACAAUUUAUUAACUUUUGUACUUUUUUUUGUAUAUAGUCAGCACUUUUAUGGAUGCCUACAUUGUAAAUGAUGCACCUCAUCUACGCUUGUCUAUCUGUAACUUUAAUAACUUAUUUUUCGAUAGACUUCACAACGAUACGCACGUGGAAUUUCUUUAUGUUUUUUUGUACGGACAAACCCUAUUAAAAUAACAAACUUUAGAGUGACUUCAAUUCGGCCUGUGUUGAAGUCAUUCUUCAGGAAAGUAACAUUUUAGGAGAUUUAUCAUGGCCUGUAUAAGUCUUUUGAAAUGUUACUUGAAAGCGAGGCUUUUUAUAUAUUACAUCUUGGCCUGUUUAGCCUCGUUUUAAUAUAGGGUUCUUAGAAAUUAGGAUAGGAAAAAAAAAAUCUGUUUUUUUGUAAUAUUUGUGUUUGUGUUGUGUAAAUAUUUGUAAACAUUUAGGGAAAUAAGAAUUGAAAAUAUAAUUUAACAAAUAAAA